UUACUACAUCACACGCGCAGGCAGUUUGCACUCUCUCCCUUGUUGCGGCGAGGUCAAUAAAUUUACAAUCUUUUCCCAUGUACAGUGAAGUUGGUAGUUUGCCGACCCUCCCUGGAUUGUGGCCAAUCAGGUAUCCCCUCUUGUCCUCGCCCAGCCUUUUCGCUCAGAUCCCAAGUUUCUCCUCCGAGAAAAAGCUGCGAAGAGUGGGGGUAAGAGAGGGGGGUCGUCAAGGGGUACUGGGGACAACGAGACAAGGGGAAUCUGGGAGUCCCAGUUAGGGGUGCUGCACGGGGGCCCCUAAAUGGCGUUAUAUGGGGGUGACAGUGCGCUUGGGGUUGGUGUGAAGUGGGUGAGGGACAUGGCUACUUAUUGGGGGGUCAGUGGUGGAAGAGGUACUGUGGGUGAGAGGCUAGUAGGCCGCAGCGAGCCUGGGAACUGAGUAUAAAGUAAUGGGGGGCUAUUUAUGGCUUGUGGGAAUGUACCCAGCAGGUGUGUGGGAGACGGGCUGGCUUAAGUUGUCGAGGGGAACUGGAAGUAGUAAUGUGGGGGAGGGGUGAGUACUCUCAGUACUCUAGUAUUGAUACUUUUAGAAUGAUUAUAGGGCUCUUCCGAGUCACUGUACUGCACGUUUUUAAUUCUGGCUUCCACCAGCCAUUAUUGUUGCCUGCCAGACCUGACCUUUUAUUUGUAUGUCCAUGUCCUUAUUACCGAUCUGUACUAGCAAUACAUAUAAUUAUUGGGGUUUGCCAAAGCCACCAGGUUUCCAGUUACACACGAUCUCUCCUUGCUCUAGAGCAGUAUAUGGUGAAAAAAAAUGUUCCCUUAUUAGUAGUAUGUAUAAUUCAAGUGCUGAAAAUAAAUAAAUCAAUAUACAACCAAAGUAGCUCAUUUGGGACCUUUUACAACAUUUUUGUUUUCAUGCAACAUUCACAUAGUGUCGAACAUGUGUUAAAGAACAUAGUGGACCUGGCAGUCCUAAUUACAGUGCUUUGCCAUAGUAAGUGGUCAUUACUAAAAAUAGAUGUCGAGUGGCUAACUGUUGGUAAUAUAUACUACUGUCCUUAUUUAGCAAAGCAAAAGUGGAGCAAAUCCUGGACAAAGUGGUACAUGUUGAGCAGGCAUGUCUAAACCAAUUGAAUGUUUCUGCUUUUUGCUCCAGAUUUAGAAUUUUGGCCUGUAGUUACUGUAACUUAAUGUGGUCACUGUUGCCUUAUAUACAUAGCUGCAGUAACUUAAUGUGGUCACGUUGCCCUGGGUACAUAACUGUAGUAGAAUUUUAUAUUGGGAAGUAUUUCAAGAGUUUACUGGCAGCCAAACCUGUAUUAUACCACUAAACCCCCAGUUUCCUAUGCAUACAUAAAUAUUGGUACAAGAUGUGUCUUUCUUGUUGGUACCCAUUCUGCUACGACUUGUACCAUGAUCUACUUUUAGAGCAGUAUAAUCCUUGAUCGCGUGGGCUUAUGUUUCGUGAAAUUAUGCCACCCUUUCUUUGGAGGUCCCUUUAUUUGGAAUAUGUUCUAGCUAUUAAAUAUAUUGCAACCUCUCAAGAAAACUCUUUUGUAGGAACCUGAAAUUAUGGUGGUAUAGUCACACUGUCAUUUGUUUCUGUGACCAUUUCCCCCGUUUGUACUGUACUGGAAAGUGUUUAUUUCUUAAAAAGAAAUCCAAAUAUUUGUUUCUGUUUCACAUUUGGUUGUGCUGAAGCAUUAUCUUUUAAUUUAUUUAUUUUACAAAGUGUUAAGAUCUUGGCAAGCCCUUUUUACUAGUUUUGGAAACAUAGGUUAAAAAUUAGAGGGCCAGUGUGUACAUCUAACACCCAAAACAAAAAGUCCUCGUUCUUGCAAGCUCAUUGGGUUUAUGUCCUUAUUAUGAAAUGGUAAGUCCCCAAAUGUAGAAGUGUAACUUCCACGAUGGCAGUUGACAUUUUACAACAUCUGGAGAUCUACCUUUUGCUCAUCUGAUUUAAAGCCAUAGUCACUAAUUGUCUGUGCAGGCUUGCAGAAAUAUACAUUUAAACAUGGCUGAGGAAAUUCUGCGUGUUAAACUUUGGCGUUGCUUAUAACAAUGUGGCAGCAUUUGACCACCUUAAGCAGAAAUCUUUAGAAGAAAACUAUGGAAACUUGGAAAGAUUUUUAAUUGUCUGAAAUAGUCAGUUUUGAUGAUCUCAUCCAAGGAGGCGGUGCUCGAAUAAAGAUGAGUAAAAUUACCUUUUACAUUGUUUACAAGGUGAGCAGGGGCCUAAAUGAUGUUUUCACUGCUAUAGUGACAGGAAUACAUGUUUGUAUUCCUGUCACUAUAGUGUUCAUUUAAAAAGAGGGUGGUUAGGGUAGGGUACCUGCCUACAAGAUGCUGUGGCCUGUGAAACCAUGCAACCAUAAAUGUCUUCAUACUUCUCAAAACCAACAUCUUGUACACUAUGACACUCCAUGUCAUUACAGCUCUGCAGAAGUCUUUUUAAUGUGACAUUAUAGUGUUAUGAUAGCAAACUUUUUAGAAUCAACUGCUCAUUUUUGUUAAUCUGUGAACACAUUAUUGCCUAAAGAAACCUCUGAGUGGCCUAAGUUACAUAAAAGGGAAGUUAUAGAGAUUUUACUCAAGAGGGGUAUGGUUAGCAAACGCCUGUUAUUGGUUGACUUGAUAUGGCUUGAAUGCCUUCAACAGAGCUGUGAAUGUUGUAACCCAUUCAUAACAAGGGUCUAGAAAAUAAAAUCUGUUUUUUAUGAUUAUUUUUAUUUUUUUUAAAUAUAGAUUUGUUUUUAACAUGGGAUGAUAUGUUGAUAACACAUUCUGAAAAAUGCCCAUGCAGUCACUAAUUGGCAAGUCAUAAGUCAUGAAGGGGUAACCCAGGGUGAGUGAAAUAUAGACCCAGAGCAGGCAAAGCAUCAUGGUAAUUGUAGUUGUACAACAGCUGGGGAUCUACCUUUUGUUAAUUCCUAGGUUAAAGCAUUAACUGUACCUGUAGCAAUUAUUGUCCCUUGUUCCAUACAACUCCCACAAUUCUGUCACCCUUAGGCAGUUGGCAAGCACUGUAUCAAAAGGAAGUUAUAAUGUUAUCUACCAUUAAUGCUGCUUCUGUGACACUGUACGAAAUGGCAGCCUUCAUGAACUAGUGUUUAUAAAUUUUAUUAUAGACAUUAUUUUGAAAAACACAAAAUAGUAUAGGAAUAUUUAAACUUGUGUUUAUAUAUUUUAGUAUAAACAUCCUUUUGAAAAUAACACUGCCUAAAUAAUCUAAAGGUGCAUGGUUUAAAUUUAGUUCUCCUGUGUGCUCAUCUUUGUUUUAGUAUUAUUUCAAUCCAAAUAGUGCUUCUUUCUCUACAUAAACCUUCCUUUGUGUCAUGGAGCACUGACCCUGUGUUCAGACACACUUUGGGGAGUGUCCCUUAUCCCCUUGAAUGUGUUUUUUAUCCUCCACCCCUGGAUGUCUACAGGAGCUGAAAAGGGGGCGGCUCAGCUGCUGUGUUAACCCGUUCAAGGACCACCCAUUUUGCCUCUGGCUGCAAAACAUUACCUUUCUUUACAAUUCAAUAGUUUCAGCUUGGUAGUCCCCCCCACCCCCGACUUCUACAAACUACAACUAUUGCUUUGGGGCUGGAUUCCUCUCUCUAUUUGUUAUUCCAUCUGUUAUUUGUAGUAGAAUGAUUGUGGUUGUCUGUUGCACAAUGUACUGAUAUUCAACGUUCCAUUCUAUUUGUGAAUUUUAAAGUGAGGAUUGGCAUUUAUUUGUUGCAUUCCUUUUGUUAUGUAACACUGGAUAUUUUCCUUAAAGUAUGUAUUUUUUUGUGCUUUUAUGUUACUAUAUAGACUGUCAGUUUUUUAGAGCCUUAAAGUUCAGUUCAUUUUUUUUCUUUUUCUACACAAUGUCCCAUAGAUCCGUGUUUUGUAGUGGCCAAGUUAUAUGAAGCCUCAAAUGCAGGGGCGCGGUGCUAUAUUGCUUUGCAGUGUCAUGCUAAGUACUGUAGCACACAGUUGGUUAAUCCAGCCUAUCUGCUUAGAUAAUUAAGAGCUAAUGUCCAUGGGGAGAGGAGGGGUGAUACAGCACCUCCCUCCAUUAAUUUCCCCCCCUAGGCCUCCCACUCAGCAUCCAGUUGUAUUUGUUUAAUCUUUGCACACCCAGUGUGUGUGUGUGUGUGUGUGUGUGUUUGUUUGUUUGUUUGUGUUCUCUCUCCUCAUACACCCAACGCCCGGAUCUACUUUUGCUGGUCAGUGUGGAUACGGGGCAUUUGGGGGAGGGGGCUGGAGAUCAUUGCACACAAUGGUUUCCGGGGUUCACAGAGAGUGAUUCCUGUAUUGGGAUAUAAUUUUUGCCUGGUAUACUUUUUUUUUUUAAUUUUUUUUAUUUCAACUGAUAUUUAAAUCCUUUUCUAUUUAAGUAGGAUUUCAACAAAUACAUUGCAGUUUAUUGUGGUAACAAAUGGUGGUCUUUAACUAGCUUUUUAAAAAUCAUGCUACUAUUUACAUUGGAUUGGAUUGAAAGGGUUACUACUGUAUUGCUGCUGUGUUGUUCACACAUUUGCUGUCUUUUCUCUAGGAAACUGCAUACACUCCCAACAGGAUGGGAGGGUGGGGUUUACUCAUGAAUACCAUCCUCAUGUUUUAAAAAAUUUGGCACAGUAAAAACCAAUUAUUUUUUUUUAAAUACUUCAAUGUUGUAGUAAUUAUUUUUUUUUUCUCUCCAAAUUUUUAUUUAUAUAUAUAUAUAUAUAUAUAUAUAUAUAUAUAUAUCGCAUUUUGCAAAGUAAUAUAUAUUGAAACUAUUUUUGUUAAAAUAUGCACCCUUUUAUCUUUGUGUGUGUUGAAAAAAAUAGAUUUACCUUCUAUAAUUGCUUAACAUAAUUUUGGCACAUGGAAAAUUAACAAUCUCACAAUGCUAUUUUGUGGAUUUGUUUUUUAAAAAAAAUUUUUUUAAGCAUUUUCCCUUCUUUUUACACUUUUUGGAUUACUGCCUUACUUUUUGGAUUAAUGACUUGUUUAGGACAACUUGUAUGCUAUUCACAGUCAGACUUCAACAAUGGGGCCUUUAUCAGUUUGUUUCCAUCAAAUAUUGCCACCCUAUAACUGAGCCUUGUAUAAGUCUUUAAUGCAAUCUCAUGUGACUUAUUUUCUUUUUCUUUCUACAACUCACUCCUCCCUUCCUCACACCCAUAGUGAAAUAUUUACUUUAUCUGUAAACCAAUAAUGGAAGUUGAUAGACAAUUUGCAAUAUAUGUGUGUGUGUGUGUGUGUAUAUGCAUUUUAUUGGUGUGCAACAAAAGCCAAGUCUUCAUGUAUCUUUUUUUGAUUUUUUUUUUUUUUUUUUAACUCACAGGAUUCUUUGGUGGAGUCUUAUGGUGCGUUGUUAUCCACAUCAAAUACUGCAGUCCUUCUCAGAACACCUUCAAGGACUAUGUCAUGUCAGGAAUCCAGAACCAAGCACACUGAUCCUUCAACUGCUCUGUGACUGCCCCAUUCCCAUAAACUUCAUACAUAUCUUCAAGUGAGUUUGAGACUCCCUCAGAAGGUGGAGGAAGCAGCUCGUGGUCUUCGCCCGCCCCAUCGCGCCAUGAAGCUGCAGGCGGUGAUGGAGACGCUUCAGCGCCAGCAGCGGGCACGGUUGCAACAGGAGAUGGAAGCCCGACAGCUUCAGCAGGAUUCAGUGGGUGCACGUACACCCCCUGGUAAUGGAACAGAUGAGUCUGAACCAGAGGCCUUGAAAAUCCAGCGUGCACAAGCAGCAGCUCUGGCAGCCAUGAGGGCAGUUGCUGCUGGACUCAGCCAACAACCAAGCCCAGUUGCCUCUGAGGAAGAUGAUGAUGAUGGGGAAAGCAUGGUUUCAGAAAAUGAGGAGAGAGAGAGGGAUGGAGAAAGUGAUCCUUACGAUGACAUGAGAUCUGAGGAGGAGGAAUUGUGAGUUCACUUCUGAGAUUUUGAAAGGGGUACUCAAUGCUGUACUGUAAUAUUGCGGAAUAUGUGAGCUGAUGCUCGACACUUGAAUUGUCUCCUAAUUCUGUAAAUGCUGCACUAUUCGCAUUAACUAUCUUAGGCCAUUGAAGAUUAACUUUUAACAGGUGUAACAUUUCUGUGUUCAAAAUAUCUGCACGUUUACCUUCCUUAGGUCUUGAAUUUUCAUUGGGAGUUUAUUGAUCAUGUUUUUUGGAAUAUAAGAUGCAGGUUUUUUUUUUUUUUUUCUUUACACUAAAUCAAGGUUUAGGGUAAAAAAAUAAUCUACAUCCUAAAUUUCGAGUGUCACCCAGAGUUUGAGACUGGGGAGAUUAAAAGUAUCUUAUAUAGAUGUUUCAUAUUGUCUGCUGGGCAAUAUUGCAGAAGAAACUAAUAAUCCAAUUAGGAAUAUCUGGGCUAAACUGUUUAACCUGCAGAGUCGUGUUUACUGUUGUCCAAAUCAAGUGAACAUGCAGAUUGCAGAACUACAACUCAAGAAUGGCAGCAUAUCAUGAAAGUUUUAGUUCUAUCUCCCUCACUUUAAUUGCCCUUGGCCUUUCACACAGCAUCAUAACUGAUGGAACUGGGAGCAAAUGAUGUGACAUCACAUCCUACAGUUGUGUGAUGUCUAAAUACAGCAAUCGAGAGUGCAAAGGUGUUCGAAUAAAUGGUCAAUGCUACCCCAUUACUCACUCAUUUCUCUACUAGAUUCCAAGGGAAUCUCCUCUCCCUCCUGACUGUAAGGGAUUGUGUGUCUGUAUGUCUGUGUCAUUGUCUGGUAUUUAUGCAUGAUUGUCAUAGGUAGGAUGGUGAGAGUGGCUAGCUAAUUGCUACCACAUUUGUGUGAGUGGCUAACUGUAUGUGUUUUUUAAUUUAAUUAUAAUUUGAUAGUAAAAAUAGGAAGAAAUAGAUCAUCUGAAUCACAUUCUGUUUGCCCUUUGAAUGACCUGGAGAAAUUGUGUAUGAGUGUGCUGAGCAGAAGCUGGCAACGGGCCUGCAAAUGUUGGCAGCCAGUCAUAGGCGGUUAGAAACCUCAGGCAGAUAAGGAGUAGUUUGAAGUGGCAGAGUUUCAAUUCUCACUGUCUGUGCCAAAUCACUAUGGUAUGCACGCAAUGUUUGCUUGCUGAUGCAAUUUCCAUGACUUGACAGAGGCCAUUUUUACCACAUAGAAUUUUAUAUAGUGUGUAAACCCAAUUUCUAAAACUUUCUGUAGUUCUUGCUCACUUUCUAGUUUAGAUUAAAUUAUUUAGUCUUUUGGUUGCUCUUAGAUCAGAUUUAAAAGUAUAAAUCAUAAACUUGAUGCUUGGAACAAGAAUAUACAUAUAAUGUGUUUUUUGUUUUAGAAACAUGUUAAUAGUGCAUAGACUUUCCAUAAUCUGUUAAUGAACUGUAUAGAACAUUCUAAUAAAUGUGAUUUGUGUUAACAUUGUCUCCUCUUUCCCUUUUACUUCACUAUUUUUCAGGAAGCAAAGGUGGGAUGAGGAUGAUUUUGAAGAGGAAGAAGGGGAGGAAGAUGACUAUGAGGAUAUGGAAGAUGGGGGUGUAGGGGUUGGUGAGGGAGACCGAACAGGCAAAGACUUGACACUGCCUUCGAAGCACCAUGCUCAGCAAGGUUUUCAAAGCCAGCGCCCAGCUGUGGGAGCAGAACGUUUAGGACUCCCACAAACUGCACAUCCUCAAAUGCAGGAUCAUGGUGACUGGACAUACGAGGAGCAGUUUAAGCAGGUGAGGUUUUUUGUUUUGUUUUCUGCAUGCCCUGGUGCAGGGUUUAAAAUUUCAAGUCCUACAAAAUUAAUAUUUACAUGCCACUGCAGCCUGGAGAGAACAUGACAUGGAAAUUUUGAAACCUACCCUGGUGGCAAGGCUCUUUCUUUGGCUGAUCAGUGUUUGGAAUGGAAACUGAGAAUGGUCAUAUGCUUAUUUUAAAUGUGUGUGUGUGUGUGUGUGUGUGUGUGUGUGUGUGUGUGUUUGCUUUUAAUCCAAUCUACACACUGUGGUAGGCUGAACUUGAUGGACGCAAGUCUCUUUUCAGCUUUGUAUGUAACUAUAUGUAUGUAUGUAUAUAUACUUUAUUUUUUUUUAUUUUUUUUUUGAGGAUGUGUUACCAAUAAAGGAAAAACACUUUAUAUUCCCAAGGAAUGUGGACAGGAGACCACUACUUGCAGCAGUUCUUACCCCCUCCCCCCUCAAUUAUUUGAUCACUGUCUUCUUGUUUAAGCCUGUUUACUACCUUUUUGGGCUUCCCAUAUUGGUCUUGAGCUGCACCUCCCCCUUAAUUCCUCAUCCUUAUUAUCUCUCCCUCCCAAAAUGCCCAAGGUCCCUGAGCAGUAGUAAAAACUGGUCUUUGUUGCUCUUGUUGGAGUUUAGUACAUAAAUGAUUGUGGUAUGAGGAAAUUGGACAUCUGGGAUGGUAGCAGAUGUAGUCCAGAUGGAAAAGGAGGCAGAUGAGCCAGGAGGUUGAUAUGUUUAUUCAGAUAUGAACACACACACACACACUUCUGCUUAUAUUAAACAAUGAUCAUAAAUUGACAGACAUUUUGGAAUUUCAGUUAAUGUUUUUUAAGCCUGAAUUGCUUUUAUCCGAAGUGAGGCAUGUUUGGAGUGCUUAAAGGGACUCUCCAGUGCCAGUAAAACAUAUCAGUUUUCCUGGCACUGCACGUUCCUGCAGUGCCCCCCCAUCCUAUGUUGCUGAAGGGGUUAAAACCCCUUCAGUGACUUAGCUGAAUCCAGCGCCGAUGUCCCUUGGCGCUGGGUCAGGCUCCGUCCACGCUCCUUCCCCUCAGACAUCAGCCAGCGGGGGAGUCCUAAUUUGCAUGCGCGGCAGUUGCCGCACAGGCAUUAGACCUCCCCAUAGGAAAGCAUUAUUCAGUGCUUUGCUAUGGGGAUUCCGGCGACGCUGGAGUUCCUCAUGCAUAGUGUGAGGACGUCCAGCAUAGUUUAAACACUUUUCCUGUAAUAGACAGCCACUAGAGGAGGACUUAACCCUGCAAGGUAAUUAUUGCAGUUUUAUAAAAAAAAAUGCAAUAAUUACACUUGCAGGGUUAAGGGUGAUGGGAGUUGGCAAGCAGACUACCCCAAUGGGCAGAAGUGGUCUGGGUACCUGGAGUGUCCCUUUAAAGGAAUCAUCUAGUCCAGAGGUGCCCAAAAGGUAGAUCCCUAGAUGUUUUAAAACUACAGCAUCUGUGAUGCUUUGUCAUUCUAAAGGCAUGCAAAACAUCUUUGGAGUUGUAGUUCUGUAAACAUUUGUGGAUCUACCUUUUGGGCACUAGACUAUAGGUGGGCAACUUUCUGCACUCCAGAUCUUGUGGACUACAUCUCCCCAGAUGUUUUCCCAGCAUCUGGUAUAAAAAAAGUGUGUUUUAAUAUAGUGUGUGUCUGCAUACCUAGUAUAGUUGUCAUGACAAACCACUGGGUGCACAGCUUAACCCCUUAACGCAGUUACGGUGUUAUACGCCAUCCCCAUUAUAAUGGGCUUUAAAGCCAAUGCGGCAGCAUAGAACGCUGUAACGGCUUAAGCCCCCAGGUGCUUCGCGGUACUUACCUCCGCUGCGAUCCUUUUCAGGAGUCCUGCCUGUCAGCACAGGCAGCCCUCCCGUGGCAAGUCAGGCCCCUGGUGGCCAUGUGGGUUAAUCUCAUAAGAGCAGACAUUAGGCUGUUAGAGUAGGACCUGCCAAAGAUGGGGUACAUUGACGUUGUGGCAGGCUUAUGCAAUAUAUGAUCAUAUAAUGUUACUAAACCCCCAUUAUUUUUGCCUAGAUUACCUCGUGUAUAAGUCGAUCUCAUGUAUAAGUCGAGUGCAGUUUUGUGACCAACAAUUGUGAAAUAUGCUAUGCCUCAUGGAUAAGUCGAGGGUAAAACUUGGUGCUAUGAAAUUCUGUGGGUUUUUUUUAUUAUUAUUAUUAUUAUUAUUAUACACGCAUUCAUACAAACACACACUCUGCAUUUAUAUAUAUAUAUAUAUAUACACACACACACAGCAUUAUAUACACACAGAGUGUGUGUAUAUAUAAUGCAGAGUGUGUGUUUGUAUGAGUGUGUGGGGGAGGGCAUUUUUAUUAUUAUUAUUUUAUUUUUUUUGUCCUCUCCCCCCUCCCCCUCCCUGCUUGUUACCUGGUCAGGGAGGGGGGCUAUCUUAGUCCCUGGUGGUCCAGUGGUGUGUACUGUGCAGGAGGGGGGCUGGCAGCAAGCUGUUACUUACCUUUCCUGCAGCUCCUGUUAGCUCCCUUCUCCUGCAUUCCGGUCAGCUCCCCUGUAAAUCUCGCGGUCUACGUGCUGCGCGGAGCGUUGCCACGGUAACCCGUGGCAACGCUCUGACGCCGCGGCUCUUGCGAGAUUUAUAGGGGAGCAGACCGGAACGCAGGAGAAGGGAACUGAUAGGAGCUGCAGGAAAGGUAAAUAAACGCUUCCUGCCAGCCCCCAACAGGACCGCCGGGCUUGUAAUGAGCCCGGCGGUCCUGGUCUGUAUUAUGGCAAUGAAAGUUGCCAUAAUACAGACAUUGACUCGAGUAUAAGUCGAGUGGGGGUUUUUCAGCACAAAAAAAUUUGCUGAAAAACUCGACUUAUACUCGAGUAUAUACGGUAGCUGUUUAAAAAAAAUUAAUUAAAAAAUCUGUCAGCAUUGAAGUUGCUGUUUAGUGUGUGUGUGUGUGUGUGUGUGUGUGUGUGUAAAACAAAAUACACUUAGAAUGAUUCUAUAUAUAAAAUAUAUGAUUACAUAAGUAUACGUCUGUGUGUAUGUGUGUGUGUGUAUAUAUUAAAAUUCUACAUGUAUAUUAAAGUAACAUAAUUAUGUGAUUUGGAUUUUUUAUUUUAUUUUUUUAUUAAUUUAAAAUUUGAUUGAUGUGCCUGACAACCCAGGCAGAAAAUGCAUGAGAAUUCCCCCCAUGAUGGCAUACCAUUUGCAAAAGUAGACAACCCAAGGUAUUGCAGAUGGGGUGUGUCCAGUCAUUUUUAGUAGCCACUUAGUGUUUGUGACCUCACUUGCAAUAUCUUGGGUUGUCUACUUUUGCUAAUGGUAUGCCAUCAUGGGGGGAAUUCUCAUUCCUGGGCUACUACACGGUCUCAAAUGUAACAUUACAAAUCUGGCAAAUUUCAAUGUAAAAAAACAGAAAAAUGGAAUGUGCUAUAUUUGACCCUGUAACUUUCCAAAACACCGUAAAACCUGUUAAUGGGGGUACUGUUGUACUCGAGAGACUGUGCCGAAUACAAAUAUGUGCAUUUUAUUAUACUAAAAGCUAACAGUAUUAUGACAUUUACAGCUAAAAUGUCAGGCAGAACUACUGUUUUUAAAAUUUUAUUCAUAAUAAAUUAUGUUUCAUAAAUGAAUAGUUCAUGAGAAAUGAAAGCCCUGUCUCUCCUGGUUUUGAUCAGAACGUGUACUAUUGACUUCGUCCUGAAGGGGUUGAAGUAAAAAACAAACAUACAUUUUCUCAAAUGGAUCAGUUUAUCAAAAUCCUGUAAAGGCAUGAUUUGGGCACACACAAAAAAAUGUUUUUUUUGGGUGCUUAGACUGACUUUCUUAAGCAGCACUCUGACUAGGAAGUGACCGGUCCUGGUGCUGCAAUAAUUUUCUAUGGCACAUGUUAACCUUAUCCCACAGGUCUUUCCACUACUAGGAUUUUAAGGAAGCUGUUUUUUUUUUUUCUACUCAUUAAAUCUUUUGUCUGUACUUCCUAUAUAAAGCUACUUUUAAGGGAAAAGGGUGGUGGUGAGGAGACACUGCAGGUUAGGCUAGGUUAGCAUAACUGACUGUAACUUAUUUGCCCGGAUUGCUUUGUUUAUUUUUAACUCUUUGCAGACCAUUGGCUGGUAUACUAAUGAAACAUAGACAUUGUUACACAUUUACUAAUAUCCUGCCUUCUUGUGGCUCAAAUAUGUUUAUUGUCAAAGCUUUAUGUACCUUUGUUGUGAAACCAUGUUCUGCACUACUGUAACUAGGAUGGAGACGAUAUUCUAACAUUUGGCAUGUGAGCAAAUGAGACAGAAUGCUGCCAAACUUCUGUAAGAGAUGCAUACGUUUUUCUCAUUAGUUAUGCGGGCAAAUUGUGCAAAACUAUCACGUUUCGAUAAUGGCUCUGCUUGUACUCCUUAAGUAUACCUCAUGAAAGGAGUUUUGUGCAUAAAUGUUAAAGCUAAUUUAAAUUUUCUUUCUGUAGAGUGCACACUACAUCUGAUCGGUGUGUAGGGCUGUGUUUGACUUAAAUGUGCUUUGAAUAAGUUACUUAUUGAUGUGUUGAUUAUCCCCUUGAUCAUUGACACAGUCCUACAAAAGUAAACACUGGCAUGGAAGCCAAUCUUUCAAUUGCUCAAAUUUAUUGACUAGUUUGAAAAUGAGUUUAUCUUAUGUAAUCGUUUUCUUCUGGUUGCCCUAGAAUUUUCUUAACUCUGAAUGCAGUUGUAUUUUAUGUCAAGUUUGUUCUUUUGUUUAGCGUUUAAUGUCUAAUACUAUGCUUGUUCUUGUCGUAGUACUCUCCUACCUAGUAGCAGGUAUUGCGUGACAAGAUCCUUGUUUAUAUCCCUGGCUUCCCCUCUCCUAGCCUGAUAAUGCUCAGUGUUGUAUAUGUAUGUGUUUUUGUUUUUUUUUCUUUCUUUUACUUCCUGUAGUGGGGGAGGGAGGCAAUCUGGAGGGGGAGGGUGUGACUGAGUGAGAAGUGGGCACAGCACAGAGAGGAAUAUUUGAAGUUUAUAAAUAAUGCAUUACUGAGUUUGUUAGAGUGCAUAAAGAGAAUAAUCAGGAGGUGUGUGUGUAUAAUACUAAGAGCAGGAGUUAUUUUUAGUGGGAGGCUGUGAGGUGUGUGUCUGCUGCUUACAUGGCAGGAAAGACGUGUUGGUGAAGGGGAAUCACUGAUAGCUGAGGAUAGAGAUGGGCUGGGGGGGGGGGUUGAGGGUAUGUAAAGUAUUGUCGCAGGCCCUGGCUUUUGGAAUGUUGUAUGCGCUUCAAAACCAGCAUAAUCUGUUCUGUUGGUGUAUUUUCAGUGUUUGUUUCGCUGUUGGGAUUAGAUGGCAAAUAAAAAGUGAAGUUUUAUUAUUUCUGUGGCACUUCUUUUAGAGCCGCUUCUAAUAUGUUGGAAUUGGUGUGUUGGUUUUUUUUUUUUGGUGUGGGCAUGUGAAGUUGUCUUGCUGAGGUUUGUUUUACAGCAGGGCUCAAAAUUGCCACUUGCCAGUUCCCAUUGGCUAGUAACAAAAUUCACUCCUGGUGAAUAUGCCAGGGAUUCCUCAGGCCUGCAGUGGCAAGUAACUCUUAAGGUCUCUGUAGGAGUGUAGGACUUGAGAUUUGAAGUCCUGUUUUACAGUGUUUUGUUUUCAUAAGGAUAUUUUAUGUGUUAUCUGUUAGAAAAGACAACUGUGGCCCUAAACAUUUGAUCAUUGCAUGUAAAUAAAUGAAAAUUUAAAAUGGUGGGGAAUUCAGUAUCUGGACACUCAAUAUGAGAAAGAUGAUCCCUUAUAAGACAUAUGUAUGUGUAUUUUGUGUGUUGGCCAAAGGGUUAAAAGUGUGGACACACUACCAAGUGUGAUAAAGCUGCCCAAACCAAUGUUGUGGAGAAGGAAUUUAAAUAUGUGCCAGGUUUAUGUGGGCCAAGAGAAAGUACAAGACUUGCUGACUGUUAAUUAUUCCCAAUAUCAGACUUCUCCCCCUGUCCCACUUGGAUGGGUACAGGACAUGAGACAGCUACUGGAUACAUGACCCAAGCGAAAGGGUUUAUUUGUAAUCUACUUGUCUGGCAAAGGUCCAUUUGGAUGACAUUAGUAGAAAAGAGAGGGGGGGAUCAGUCUUAUGUUUUGAGAAAGGGAGAUUGUAAGCUUACAGACUGUAAAUUAGCAGCCUUUUUUGUCAGUUUUGUGAUGGGUAUAUUGUGAAAUACCGUAUAGACUAGAGUAUAAGUCGACCUGAAUAUAAGCCGAGGCCCCUAAUUUUACCCCCCAAAAAUGGGAAAAUUUAUUGACUUGAGUAUAAGCUUAGGGUGGGAAAUGCAGCAGCUACUGGUAAAUUUAUAAAUAAAAUUAGAUCCCAAUAAAAUUACAUUAAUUUAAUAUUUAUUUACAGUGUGUGUAUAUAAUGAAUGUAGUGUGUGUAUAUAAUGCAGUGUGUGUAAACUGGGUGAGGGGAGGGCAUUUUUAUUAUUUACAUUUUUUUUAUUUUAAUAUUUAUUUAUUUGUAUUUUUAUUUUAUUUUUUUGUCCCCCCUCCCUGCUUGUUGCCUGGCCAGGCAGGGGGGCUAUGUGAAUCCCUGGUGGUCCAAUGGAUGGGCUGUGCAGCUGUCAGCUCCCUUCUCCACCAUGCAGCUCCCCUGUCAGCUCCGUUCUGCUCCCAGUGUAAACCUCGCGGUAUGUGUGCCGCGCGGAGCGAUGCCACGGUAACCCGUGGCAACACUCUGACGGCCGCGGGUGUCGCGAGAUUUACACUGGGAGCAGAAGGGAGCUGCACGGAGGAGAAGGGAGCUGACAGGAGCUGCAGGAAGGUAAGUUACAGCUCUCUGCCAGCCCCCAACAGGACCGCCGGGCUUGCAAUGAGCCCGGCGGUCCUGGUCUGUAUUAUGGCAAUGUAAGUUGCAAUAAUACAGACAUUGACUCGGGUAUAAGCCGAGUGAGAGUUUUUCAGCACAAAAAAUGUGCCGAAAAACUCUGCUUAUACUCGAGUAUAUACGGUAACUGUUUUUGGUUUUUUUCUAUAUAAAAAAAUUCUCUGCAGUUUAAAUUCUCCCCCCUACCUAUCUUUGAUUUGCUAGUUGUGAUUGCGGGGGGCCUAGUAUAUAGAUUAUGGAUAUAAAAUCUGCCUGGAUUCAACUAGAGCUGUAAAAAAAAAAAGACAUGUUGUUCAAAACAAAGCUGAAUCAUGCUACAGAUUUAUUAUUGCAUUUUAAAGUUUUUGUGAAUGCACUUUAUUAAAUGUCUCUUGUUGUCAUGGUUUUGUGUUAGUUGUAUAGGUUUUUCUCUUCUUUCGAGUCUUCCUUCCUGUACUGCGAGAGAUAGAGAGAGAGAGAGAGAGAGAGAGUAUAUAUAUAUAUAUAUAUAUAUAUAUAUAUAUAUAUAUAUAUAUAUAUAUAUAUAUAUAUAUAUAUAUAUAUUUUUUUUUUUAAUUCUCUUAAAGACCUAGGUGCCCUGUCUGGAGGUUUUUUUUGUUUUUGUUUUUUUUUUGUAAUUGAUACUGUGGGGGUGGGGGAGUAGUAACAGCAUGUGCUAGAGGUGGAAAGGGGGGAGUAUAGAAAUUCAUUGUCUCAAUCCAGGUGAAACCUGUUCAUCUGUUUCAUAGCAACAUGUUUGACAAGUCUAAAAUAUGGACUCUCUUUGAGGGGAAGUGCAAAGAAUUAUGGAAAUUGUGUAAAAGUGAUAAUAUAGAGAUUUCCAAAAGAGAGAAACCCGUAGUGAAUGUUUACAAAUGCUAACGCUCUAGCAGUGGCACAAUUUCACUGAUGCUUGCCAGACCUUGGGUUGGAAUGUGUCAUACUGCAAAAGAACCGUUGAUUGACUGUUACCCCAGCAAAAGUAUGGAUUUGCUGCUUUAAGAACUAGAAAGAUUUGCAUUUUAGGCAGUAGGAGGCAUUACAUUGGGUAUUUGGUUAUCUGGAGGAUAAAUGUAUGCUGCAAAUAAAGAGACACCUCUCCUCUUCCAUCCCCUCCUGUCCUUACUGUGCAAUGCAUUGCCCCAUAGUAUCACUGUAUUGUCUUCAUGUGUAUAUGCAUUGUUUGUUCUCUCCAGGAAUCAUGGUUUGGCAUUCUGCCUGUCUGUCUGGUGUGUCUAUUUCCCGUCUCUGGUUUGGGCCUGAGCCACAUUCUAUAAACCUGAAUCAGUAGAAAAAUUUCCUCCUCUUCCCCCGCCUCUCCUCCUUAGAGUCUAACUCAUUGAGAACGUUGUGAUACUCUCGAUUAGAUUUGUACGAAGGUUUUCUGUUUUAUGACUUACUUUAUCAGUAAGGUUAACAGUGUAUAAGAGCCCCUCUUUUAUUUAAACUGUAUAUAAGGAAGCAUAUCUGUAUGUGUUAAGGCUAUUGUGGCAGGAAUUGGGUUAACAGCUCGAACAGGCUGAAACUGAAAGUUGCUAUCUUGCUGUGAUUCUGCAUUUUAAUCUGUCUUGUAACAUUUUAUAAUUACUAUGUCUUUGCUCUUGCACUUCUGAAUAUCAUUUUCCUUUUUAUUUCUCUUGUUUUAAGUUUUUAGCAGCAUGUUAUUGAGUGCUGUUGCUAAUCGUUUUGCUCUUUCCAAAAGUAUUUACCGUAACAGAGUUUACGCUUCAUACCGAGCAGAAAGUGCCUGCUUUAAUUGACCUAUGUGCUCAAUGUAUAAAUAACUCCCUUCUGGAAACCUGUUCCUAACCCAGUGUUACAUCUCCUGCAGCCAUUUCAUGGUUAGAAUAGAGCUCCUAACUCCUGCAUGCAUAGUAAUACAUUAAAAAUAGGUAAAAAAGCACUGUUUAACAUGUUGAGGACCACAUUAACAAUCCUAUCUCUAUGUAUCAUAUUCUGACUGCUAAAGACUUGCUUAUUUUGCAUUUGUAUUAGUGGCUAGAUUAGCAUAAGGGGUUACUUGCCAUAACAGUAGACCAGCUAAUCUUAACCUUAUGAAUUUUAUUUUUUCUAAAUGUAGAUUGUAGAGCAUGCUGUUUUUUUUUUUGUUUUUUUUUUAAAACAAGGUUUCUAUGCAAUGAUUAGCUGCCAUAACUAAAUGUUGACAUUUUUCAUUCUGAAAUUUGUAGUUUGGCUUUCUUGAACCUACCAAAAUCGAAUGUCAUUUAUGAUUUAGUGGUUUAGCAUAAAUGAAGUGUGGAUUCUUCAUUGACUGUAGAAUUAACAUAACAAUAUUUUAUUUAUUUAUGGAAUCUAUAAAGCGCCAACAUAUUCCUCAGCACUGUACAAUUGGGAAAACAAUAUAAACCGACCGAUACAAAAUGUAGAUGGCCCUGCCCGUGAGCUUACAGUCUAUAUCUCUCCUUGCGCUGAGCAAUGUAAUGCUUUGUAGAAUUUAUUUUUUUUCAGAAGACACUGCGAUAAAAUGGUGCAAGCUACCUGAUUGUUGGCACACAGCUUCAAAGCAUUGCAUCAGUUUACAGUGGGGGACAAGUGGUGUAAUACAUUCUACAGCAGUGUAUUUAACCCUUGGGUGCUCAAUUCCUCAAUCACUAAUUUGGCACUAAAAUGAUUUAUUUGAGACCUAAAUCUUUAACACAUUUAUUGAAAUCUGCUGUUUUGUCAUGAAAAGCCACAGGAUCCUAAACAUUUUGGUUUUUUUAAUGCAGUGAUAUUUUAUAAAGCUCUUUUUAGAUACAACAGGUCCUAAAUAUAAACCAAGAAAAACUCACAAUAAAGUUAUACCUGCAAGUGGUUCUUGCAUAUUUUUUUAAAGACCCCCGAAGGUGACCUUUCCAGUGAUAGUCCAAUGUUAGCUGUCCCUUGCUACAUCUGCUCCUGGUGCUUAAUAUGCUAGGACCCACGUCAGAGUUCUAUGGGAAAAUCAUGCGAUAGUAUUGGAGCCUGCAUAGUUAAUGUCUCGUGAUGAACAAGGCCAUGCCUGAAUCAAAUAGCUCUCCCCUAUGACGACUUCUGUGAUUGGACAAAUGUUUGCUAAAUCAGGCAUUGCAAUGAGAUAAAGCAGUCUCUUCUUUGUCUUAUGGCAUUUUUGGAUUGUGUUGAAAUUUCAGUCAGCACCCGAAUAAAAAUAAUAUAUUUUAUAACUGAUCCUCUCAAGCUGUCAUGUUGGAUGGCGACCACUGGUGGACAGCAAUUUUCAGGUCUCUCCAGAGAUGGUUGGAUUGGUUAGAGGUCCAAGCUUUGGCCGAGCCACUGAAGGACAUUCACAGAAUGUCCCUAAGGCACUUUUGUGUUGUCUUGGCUGCUUGCUUAAGGUCAUUAUCUUGUUGGAAGGUUAACCUUUGGCCCGUCUGUAGUGAGAGCUCUGGACUAGGUUUUAUUAUAGGAACACUAUAGGCACCCAAGCCACUUAAAAUCCUUUAAGGAUCUCUCUAUAUUUUGCAGCGUUCAGCUGUACCUCCACCUUGAACAGUCUUCUAGUCCCUGCUGCCGGAAAAAGACUCCCAAACCAUGUUUUUCUGUUGGGACGGCAUUGUUGAGGUGAUGAGCAGUGCCUGGUUUCAAUCUGACAUUUCUCUUUUUGAUUGGAGGCCAGAGAGUUCAAUCUCCUUUCACCAGAUCAGAGAAUAUUGUUUCUCACAGUCUGAAAUUACUUUAAGUGCUUUUUGCAAUUCAUUUUCUUGAAGUGAGUAGAGGCUUCCACCAGUCUACCAUAAAGGACAAUUUGGUGGAGUGUUGCAGUGAUUGUUGUCCUUCCACACGAUUUUCCAAUCUCCACACAGGAUCUCUGGAACUUACCCAGAGUAACCAUUGUGUGCUUGGUCACCUCUCUGACUAAGGCCCCCAUUCUCUGAUAUAUCAAUUAUCUGAAACUUUAAGUUCCAAAGAGACUACUAGUCCCUCUUGAAACCUAAAUAAUGGCAUAGAAGGUUUGUUCACUUUUGAGAUAAGAGCGACUUUUCGAAUGCUGGCAAAACCAGUUUGCUGUUUGGCAACAGUUUUGCACAGGAUUGACAUUAGCCAGCCAAAAAUGCAUGAAAAAUCAAAUAGGAAAGCAUUGAUCUUUCAUUGGCUGAGAAGAGUACGUAUUCAGAGCAUGUCUAAUGAUUAGAUUGUUUUGUGAAAAAAAAUGGUAGUGGCCAAGGAGCCAAAAUGGGAGUAAAGAGUUAUACUGUGGAAGUCUGCAAACCUUAAGAGAUUUAAACAUGGAGAAAAAUACAGCAUGAAUAUUAUGUCAAAAAUUAACUUAAUUUGUGUUUAGUGUUCUUUUAAGCAAGGUUCCUUUCCAAUUGUCAAGGCAAUUUACUCACAGUCUCAGUCAAAAAAAUCUCACAGAAGAGCAAACUGCAGAUGAAGAAAUCACGGAAAGUGGAGACCAAAAUAUAAAAUUUAAGUGCAAGGAAAUAAAAGCUAAUAAAUAAAGGGAUAUUAUAGGCACCCAGACCACUUCAUCUCAGUGAUUCCUGGCUGUAUAGCAACCUUUGGUCAUCUAAGUGGCAUUGAACAUCUUUAUUCUCUACAUGAGGACAUCCAGUGCCCAUAAAACCCCAAUUGGAAAGCAUUAAAGCAAUGCUUUCCUAUAGGGAGGGCCUAUCACUCAUUCAUUCUCCAGUUGGAGAAGGCAAAGCGCUGACCCAGCACCAAGAGAAAUCUGUUUUGUUGUGUUUUUUUUUUUUUUUCUUUCUAUGUUAGGGAAAAACUUGUGGGGAUGGCAGGGGAGAACAGAGGGAACUAUAGUGUAAAGAAUACAACUUUGUUUUCCUCAUACUAUAGAAUACUUUUUAAGAUCCAAAUGCUUCAGGGAAGGAAAGAUAAAAGGGAAAAAGACUAUGCAACUUUAAGGUAUAUAAGGUAAAUACGGUGUAAAUGUGCCUUGUGGUUUUGACUGUGUAUAUCGUGUAUUGGAAUACAACUGUCUAUAAUAUAUAGACUAUAUAAAACUCAAGUCAAUAAUUUUAUAAAUCAAUACAAGUGAUGUAUUUGACUUGUGUCAUUGUUCUCCUCAGUAUAUUGAUCUUUAGGCAUAUCAGUUUGUUUGGGUUGUGUUUGUUUGUUUGUUUUUGUUUUUCCUUCCCCAAGCAUUAUUAUAAAUAUUGUCACUUUCUAAACAUUCUCAUUGUAGGUUUCUGGAUAUGCACACUGCUUGUUCUGUUAACUCUGUGAGGCCCCCUCCCAUCUGCUCCAACUUGCUUUCUCCCUGUUCUGCUAGUUUCCUGCUUUGCAGAAUAUUUUUAAACUUUUUUUUUUUUUUCUUCUUCUUCUUCAUUUGCAUGUCAUAAUACCAGAUCGCGUGCAGCAGUCCCAAGUCAGGCCAUAGACCGCUUCCUCUGUGGGUUCCAGGGACCCGCCCGCUGCAUAUAUCUUUUGUCUUUUUAAACUCCCUCCCCAUAUGAUAUGUUUUCAUAAUUAAUUUUAUUUAAUAGCUUACUGGAACUUUAUGUAUUUACUUUAAAAAAAAAAAAAAUUCUUAUCCGGCUUUUGCUUGAUUUUUGUCGAAGUGUAUUCUUAAUAAAUCACAUUAUGCAUGCUGUGUCAUUGUGCAUUUGGCAUAUUUCCUCAGUGCUGUUUGACAUAUUUUUUUGCAAUCAGAGCCCACUAACAUUAACCCUUCUGUUUUUCUAGUUUGCAAUUAGAAACUGCAAUAUUGACUGCCUUCCUUUCCCUUUUAGGUGAACAGGAGGAGGUGACUAUUUGUGUAGGGAAGAAAAAUAGGAGGUGGGGGUAGUAAGGCAACAUGCACUCAUUUAUAUGUGCCUAUCAUUCUAACCUGUUAUCAGCUGCCAUUUCAAACCCAUGGUUGGUGUGCAAUGGAACUACAAACAAGCCGCAUAUUGCUUUGUCUAUUUUACAUGAAUAAUAUACAUGUAUGGCUUCUGUAAUAUACCCACUGCUCCAAACUAUUUUAUAGAUUUGUAUGAUUUAGAUUUUUGUAUAAACAUGCAUGUGCUUUAUGGUUCCAAAAAAACAAAACAAACCGAAUUGGCUGACUUCCUAAUUUAUGGGUUGUUCGCGUAGUGUUUAUGCAUUUAAUUAAUUUGUGGUAAAAUGUAACGCAAAGCACACAUAUAAUAAAUGGUGGCAUAGUUAGUUUAUAAAUAGAGGGUUAAAACAUGAGCUGGUCUCUAUUAGUAUAGUCAUUGUAAAUGAUUACUCCAGCAGUGCAAAAUGUGCUUAGCUUUCUACCUGUCAGUCUGUUUAGGAGAGACAUCUUAUCUAGGGUUUUGGAACAAGAUGGGUCAUUUGGAGGUGUGACAAAUUGGUUAUAUCCGGAAGAGAGAAGAGGUGGGGGCCAAGAGUUCUGUUCUUGUGCCCCUUCUAACAAAGAACACGUGGAGCAGGGUGUGACCUCUACAUGCUUGGGUCAGUGAAGCUCUAAUGGUGGGGAUAUUCCCUUGAGAAGCUCAAUGCCACACAGGAGGAUUGACGUUUGAGAGAGAUGCAGGCUUGGUGAUCUGUCACUUCAAAUAAGAAAUAUGUGGCAAAUUCUUUGCCUUGACAAUCUCAAAUUCAUGAUGUCCAAUAUUUUAAGUUUAGCAGUACAUACAGUUUUAUUUUAUUUUUUGCACUUAAUGAUUGAUUAGCAUUGCAGUCACCAAAACUACAGUUUACUGUACUUGUUCUGGUGAGUAUAAUCAUUCCCUUUCAGGCUUUUUGCAGAAGACACUGUGUUUUCAUAGAAAAGGCAGUGUUUACAUUCCAGCCCAGUGAUACCUCCACUGGCCACUCCUCAGAUGGCUACUAAAGGUGCUUUUUUGGGGCAGUGCUCUGACCCCCUUGCAUGGAGACACUGAACUUUCCUCAUAACAAUGCAUUGAGAUGCUGAUUGGCCAGGGCUGUUUUUGGCUUGUGCAAGCUCUAACCCCUAUGGGAAAGCUUUGCAAUUGGCUUUGAUCAACACUUCUGACAAGCAGGCAGAUCAGGGACAGAGCCAGCAGGAGCAGACUGGAAUAAAAGUAAAAUCUUACUAUAUUUAGGGGGACCAGGAGGGCAAGAUGAUGUUUUUAACACUAUAGGGUCCGGAGUACAUUUGUGUUCCUGAGCCUAUACCUUUUAGUGUUCCUUUAAGGCACCUACCUGCCAUUUUUUUUAAGGAACCUAAAUCACCAUAUUAGCAAGUUAUGCCUACUCUCACAAACUUUAAAGGUUGCGUUUUGGAGUUUGUGUGGUGUGUUUUUUUUUUUUAAAUAUCUAGUACAAAAAAAACAACUUAAAUUUUCAUAGAAAUAUAGGUUUAUCCCAGUCCUCCCCUAUACUAAAUCAGCACCCCCCUCUAGCCAACAAGCAGACUCCACUCACAUUGCCGCUGCCAGUAUGCAACUCCGGAGUCCAGCCUCUGGUAUACCCCAAAUGGCGUUGCCGCACCCUGUUCCAAAGCGGAUCCUCACGCUACUUCUUGAAACCCUGUGAAGGUGGAGCAUGUCGACAUCACGUUGGAAUGUGAUAUGGCGUUGUGUGCCUCCGUGCACCUCCAGGUACUCCACUGGCCAGCUGCAGCCAUCGCAACACAGACACACACAUACUCACUGACAGACACACACACACAUUUACACAUUCAGAUCUCCUUCCUGCUCCCUCGCAAGCAGUUUAGUGGUGCCAAACAUGAUGUCAUAUUCCGGCACCCGGCAUCACUACAGACUGUGUGCACAAGGGAGCAGUGAGGAGCAGGAAGACCGAGCUUCUUCACCACCGCAAGCAUCCUGCUUCCUCUCCGGCCGAGUAAAUUUUCGCAGAGUAGGCGCCUGUUCUCUGCUUUAACACCAAGCAUGUGCUCGCCGGGCCGCAAAGAUGUCCAUUGUGGGCCGCAAGUUUGACAUGCUUGAUCUAGUAUAUCAAAUGCAACUUUUUUGUUUUAGGAUGUGCAUGUGUUAAAUUGUUGCACAUGCUACUUCUCAUAUUGAAAUUUUAAAUUCUUAUGAACUUGUUUAGGUGCAUGAUAUGCAAUCACAUAUACACAGUCUACUUUUGCUGAAAAUGUUCACAUUCCCAUAAGCAUUCAUGUUUUUAACAACACAUGUGUACAAAUUAUUUUCUUAAACCUACAAAGGUUUUGGGGUUUUGUUUUGCGGUUCUUUUUUGUGUGUGACCUUGUCUUCUUACACUGAGCUUCAUGGAGUUGCCAGAAUUACAUUAUUCCCUAAUUGAUUUUGCAUGUGACCUAUGAGUUUUUACUUGAUUCCCUGGUAACUGACUUUACUAAAGCCUAGAGGUACCAGAGAUCAACAACUUGUCGAGAUCCACAUUCUUUCCUGAGAGACUCCGUCUUGUCGUCUUACUUUCCAGUGUUUUUCCCGUAGAUGGAUUUGAAUUGUUUCACUUUUGGAAACAACAUAAAUUUAGGUAUAAGAACGCUGUGCACACAGUUUGAUAGGUCUGUUAGGAGACCUAUAUAUUGUAGUAAUGCUUGUACUACAAGGGGCGAUACUAUUAGGUGUGCGCACAACAGUCAUUUUGCUUUUUGGGGUGUAGCAUCCAGUUAUAUACUCCUUACACAAAUGUUGGAACAGUGGGGAGGAGAAAACAGGAUGGAUUUUUUCUGUUACAUGACAGAUUUACUCUAACAAGCAACAAGCUUGCUGUAGUGACACUACUGUAAAGUGCCCUGACUUGCCCCCUAUGCAAGCAAUCAAAACAUAACCUGUUUGACAACUGACUGGGUGCAAGAGCUUCCAUUAGCUCUCCUAAAGUCCAGGGCCAACUUAAUUGCUGAGAGAAUGAGCUGAUUGCACACAGUCAAUGAUGUAAACAAUGCACGCGCUUGGUUUAGCUUAGUACUGAGAGCUUACAGCUCUGAUGAAGGAGGUGACUGAAGCAUGGUGGAUACAAGUAAGUUGGCAAAUUGUUUGACUAGUUAUAUAGGGGGUGCCAGGACAGUCCAGUAGUUUUGGUUCUUAGUGUUUCUUUGUCUUUGCAUUGUCGUUGCUAUUAUCCUUGUGUUGCAUUAGUUAUAACACUCACCAUGGUUCCCUCCUGCCCCCCUCCUCUAAGUUUUAGCUUUAUUGGGAAGUACAGUAAUUUUUUUAUUUUUUUAUUUUAUUUUUUUAUACUGUACCUGGCUUAAUUACCAGAGGGUCAGCAUCUGAACUAUGAUAUUGUCACCCCAUUCCCUUGAAAUCUUCAAGCUGAAUACUUGGUUUGAAGGAGAAGGAAAGCUGCCUGUAGGAGAGUUCUCCUGCUAGUUGCCUGCCUAUUAUACCUGGGUAUCAUGCAUAAUCCUCAGAAUAUAAACACAUUUAACACACAUUUAGGUAAACUCUUGACACUAAAAAUCUGUGUGUGUUAAAUAGGAUGUCACUGGUAUGAUUUAUUUAUUUAUUAUAAAUCAUUACUAUUGUUUAUUUUUCUAUGCAAACCAAUGUUUUUCACCUAAUUAUACAUUCCGACGUGUGUGUGUGUGUGUGUGUAUAUAUAUAUAUAUAUAUAUAUAUAUAUAUAUAUAUAUAUAUAUAUAUAUUUCUCACUAGUGAUGUCCCGAACGGUUCGCCGCGGACUCAUCAUUGAGUAAACUUUGACCCUGUACCUCACAGUCAGCAGACACAUUCCAGCCAAUCCGCAGCAGACCCUCCCUACCAGACCCUCCCACCUCCUGGACAGCUCACUAAGAAUGCAGCUUCACAAUGAAUGUAAAAUGGAUGCUGUCCAGGAGGUGGGAGGGUCUGCUGCUGAUUGGCUGGAAUGUGUCUGCUGACUGUGAGGUACAGGGUCAAAGUUUACUCAAUGAUGAGUCCGCGGCGAACCGUUCGGGACAUCACUAAUUCUCACCCCUCCUGGGUGCUAUGUUUAUUCCUCAUUCUCGGGCCCUGCACUCUUCUGGACAGCUUUACUCCUAUCUAUCCAUCAUAAAACCACUACAGCCCGCUUUAAUAGGGCUCCCGCUGUGCCGAAGAAGCCAUGGCUGUCACCAUUUAUUGGUUGAAAGUGUCAGCUGUCGAUCAGCCAAUGAAUGGAAUUCUGUGCAGUGAAAGUUGCACAGAGUUAACAGUGUUCCCAGCUGGCUGACGACACCCCAGUGAUUCUGCUCAAGGUGGAGUUACAUAUCUAGAGGCAGAGGGGUCAAACUCUAUACAGUAUAUGGAUUCCAGGCACUGUGACCACUUCAAAUGGAAUAAUGCUGCAUAUCAUGAUACCUAGGGAACGUGCUUGUUUAUGGUGGCCAGCUAUUGACAGUACAACUAUUGUAGACUAUUUUCCAUAGAGAUUAAAGGAACACUGUAGGCGCUAUAGCUGAUUCAUCAUCCAGUGCUCAUUUGAUAUGAUUGCAAACUCUAUUUAUAACCCACUUAUAUCCUUCAAGCAGAACUUUCACUUGUAAAACUUAUGUUAAACCGACCGCUAACUAAAAAUGACAAUGGUUGUCUAUUUCUUCAUUUUUUUAUUAUUCAAAUGUAAAUAAAAUGAACUGCUGUACAUGUGAGUACAUUCAGCACUGUUGAAGAAUUUAACUCAUACCUACAGUUUUUGUUAAUUCUGCAUUUUGUACCCUUUCUUCUUUAAAGGGGCACAAAAUGCAGAAAGUCAGGCACCUUCUUACUGUGGUUAGUUUUUGGCUCAGUGCACGUGUUGUGCAUACGCACAAGUUGGAUGGAGGUUAGACCGCUACAAAGUAAUUAAGUUCUAUAGUUUUUAAUCACUGAUCCUGGAGGCAAGCUUAUAUCGCUCAAUCUUUUCUACCCUGAAAUUAUUGCUAGAAACCAUACUUUACAGUUAGUCAGGGAGAAGUAGUUCUCUGACCUAUAACCUUAACGAUAAAGUAACAUUUUUAUGGUGCUUCAAGUGAUUCUUUAACCAUAUGUCUCCAUAACUUCUAAACCUUUUCAAUAGACACUAGGAGCUGCACUCAAUCCCAUCAAUCUGAGCCUGGGUGCAACCAAACCAGGACCAAGCACCAGGUUCCAGUGACCAUAAUAUGCAAAAAAUGGUUCAGGCACUCAAAGAUCCAGAAUAAAUAUGCCAACUCUGGAUCUUGGAGUGCCUGGACCAUAUUUUUGCGUACUUCAUAACUUCUAAAGUCAAUCCUUGAAAAAUAAAAGUGCCAUUUGAAAACCUUAUUUGCCUACCUAUGAUACAGCUUUACAAGCUCAAGAAGAUGAUAGUUGCUUAAUAACUAUGAUAGCAACCUCUGUGUGGCAAUAAUGUACUUGGACAAUGUGGCUAAACACAAGCACUCCAAAACAUUGUCCUGGAGCCUGGCUUCAAGGAUGUUUUUCCAGAUAUCAGGGAUUUGAGGUGGACUUCAUUUGGCUUUAGAGUUGUAGGCUAAAAAAUGCCCACGUGUAAGGCAGUGUAUUAAUGCAUACUUUCCAACAUUUCAAAUGAACACAGAGGGACGUUUUAAUCUUAGGGUUGUGAAUGGGGGUCUGGCUGUUCAAAUAUGUUUAUGGGGAUUUAUAAAAUGUUUGCAACUGAUAAGUAAAAUGCAUCUUAUUUACACAGGCUGAUUUCUAAACACAUUUAUUGUAAUUUAAAUACACAUUACUGUAAACAUUAUUGCUGUGGAGCUGUGUUAUACACUCAGACACCUCAACACUAAGAAGCUCCUAGAAAUGUGGAACACUGAAAUAGAAAAUAUAGAGUCUCUCCGGUGCUAUCAUCCCCUUUGCUUAUUCCGCUGCAGCUUUGCUUACAGUGAUUAUAGUUAUUGCCUUUACAGGCCUAGCUCUGUCGAUUUAUCUCAGGGCUGGAGGGAUCAUGCUGCCAGCCAGCAGGUCCGAAGGCACUCUCACCGGGAUCCCUAAAAAUCUACACUCGACACCCACUUCCAACUGGAAUAUAUACAAAACGCAGAACUAGCCCAUAUGUUCAUUACACUUAGGUUGCUGUGACAACUUUAAUAAAAUUACAAACGGUCAAAUCAUAGCAGACAACAAACAGCAACUUAUUAUAACACAAUUACAUAUUUAUAAAGGGGUGGGGAAGACAAUAAUGAACAGAAAAUAUCUCUUACCUGCAGAAUUAGUAAUAUGCAAAUUAGCGAGUCUGGCUAUUCAGGUAGUGCAUAUUGUUGCUAGAUCCUUGCAACCAAGAGAUGGCGCUGUACAGGCUUUUCAGCCAAAUCCACCUAUUUAAUUGCAAGCAUUAGCAAGACAGGAGAGCACACUAACAUUUAAACCCAAACAACCACAUUGCACCCACAAUGGACACAGGGUGACUUAAACAUAGGAGUCAUUCAGAUACCUAAUUGAAUUGUCGAUCUUAUGCUCUUGGGGAUGGUGACUGUCACAGUAUGAACCUGUUUUAAUAAAGGCAUGCAUGUUCUCAUAAUCGUCUCUCUGCCAUGUGAUGACGUAUUUGUUCUUUGGUGCUCCUGAUGGCCACAUAGCAAUUCAGUUUCAUUGAUGAUUGGCUGGAAAGGCUAGUAGGCCACAGUUUUAGCCCUGUUCUAGAGGAAUAUUGUGUGCUACUUCUAGUAGAGGCAAGAUAAAUAAUUGUGGGUUUGUUCAGUUUUGUUUAGUAGUUAGUGCAAGACAAUUAGAGUUGAAUACAAAUACCUCAAAAUUUGUCUGUUUCAAACAGGCAAGCAGAUCAUCACGAACUUUAACCUUACAAAUAUGUUUGUAAAAAGAGUCUGAAGAGUUGCUUAUAGGGUUGUUUCUUCACAUCUGAUGUAGCCACUUUGCUAUGUGUUGUGGCAAUGUUCCAUUUGCACAUUUAACAUGCAUACUUACACUCAACACUUGGAUUGUGGAUUUUAUAUCACAUUUGCAAAUUUGUGUUAAGUCUCAUGCCUAUACGAAGAACAUCUUGGGUGGUGUGGGGGCAGGGGUGGGUAUGCUUUCCUUGUUUUGCAUAUUGGUAGUGAAUGACAUUUUUAGACAAACCGAUGAAUGAAGAUUCUAGAAAAAAAAGUUAUGUUUGCGUAUGCAAAGACAAGACAAGUGACUAUUGAAUAGCUGAUGGUGGGGAAUUUGACUUUGGCAGCUGAAUUGGAGGCUUAGAAAUGACAUGGUAUAAUAUAACUGAGAUGUCGGUGGAAAUGAUGGACCUAUAUAGUAAAUGGUCAAUGCCUAAUGGAGAGCUAUGAAUGAGCACUUGUUUGUCAGUCUGGCAUACCCGUAGGGGUAGCAUUCCACAUUGGGAUUUAAACCACUAAUGUAAAUUGCUACAAAAUAGUUAUCACAAGUUUAAAGAGCAUGGCAAAUAAAACAAAAAAAAAAAGCUGUAAAUGAUUGUACACAGAGGAGGCUCCUGCAGAAGUCUAUUAACAGAGGAGACACAAUAUUCUAAAGAUCAGAAAUUAAGAAUUGAACAGACUGUGAUAAAGGAAGUUUAAACCUUAGCUCACUCUUUACAGGACGUGUGAUUAGGGCUGUAUAAACAAAGUAAUUCAACUCCUAAAUCGCAGAGAAUUGAGCAGUGAGACUGCAGGGGCAUGAUUUGUACACUAAAGCUGCUUUAUUAAGCUAGAGUUGCGUUUGGUGCCUAUAGUGUCCCUUUAAUAAAGACUUUUAAUAAUAUGUUAAACUUCAGAAUUAGAUUGUAAACAUCACCCAACAUUUAGAGUUAUUUUUAUAAUUGUUUUUGUUGUCCGACAUACAAGCAUGUAAAUUGCAAUAUUCUUUGUUAAAGCAUGAGUUGUCUCAAAAUGUACUUCUAUUUAUGUGACAGUGUCUCAAGCUGCAAACAUGGUCCCAUGGAAACUUCAUGGUCUAUUGUCCUUCUGUAGAAUGUUUUGAUAAAUGCUUUCAACUAUGACACCCGUUCUACACUCCUUCCCUUUUUGAGUGACUCUGAGCUCUGGAAUUCUGAUUAAUGUCACAUGACCCUAGAUAUUCAUACCCAGGGUAUACGCAUGGCACCUUCUGCUCACUCAGCACACAUCAGAACAGAAUUCUUCUUUUGUGGUGUGCUUGAGAGUGAUUAUAUCUAUAUAUCUUCCAUUAUUGGAUAUUUUUUAAAUAUAAAGAAUCAUACCGCACUCAAAAAUAUUGAUUAUCAAAAAACUGUAUGCAAAUGUGAUUUUUAUUUUAUGCCAUAAGUUUGGAAAAAAGUGAAAGUGCUUAGUGUCUGAAACAUAAGAUUUCAUCCAAGAAACGAUAUUCUUACAUAGAAGUGCAGAUACUACUCAAUCAUCACCUAGUGAACAUAUAUUAAAAAAGAAAAUGAAACUGAGAAAAAUCAUAUCACAGAAUAUGUACAAAAGCAGGAUAGAACCCUCUAGUACAGGAACACAGAUUCCUUACAGAAGCAUAGCAACCAACACUUAUAUGUAUAAUGUCCCAAGCCACUUUCAAUGAUGAGAAACAGUCCGAAUAAUUUCCUCACUGUUAUUAAAGGAACACUAUAGGGUCAGGAACACAAACCUGUAUAAAAGUGGUGCUGGUUCUGCGUGGCACUGCCAGCGCUGGCUCUGCCCCCUUUGUGACAUCAUAAAAAUUUAUUUAUUUAUUUUUUUUUUUUUUUUUGCCAAUCUGCAAAUUAGCACGGGGUGGGCCUAAUGCCAUUUUGGCCGAUCAGGACCUCCUCAAUCAAUCACUUGAAGGUGUAAACACUGCCUUUUCUCUGAUAAAAAAAUAAAAUAAAAUUAUGAAUAAGUAGAAUGGGUGUCAUAGUUGAAAAGUGAUUAGUGGGUGACCCUGAUAUCAGCACUAUCUUUCAGUAGAGUGCCACCUUAUAGGUUAUUAUUUCAUGUAUAUUGGAAUGUAUUCUUAUUGAGGUAAUCAGGAAUAAAAAAUAAUAAUUUUGUUCCGCAAAGUUGCGGAAUCCUCAAAAUAGGGCAUAUAUAUGUAAAGUCGCAGCAGCUAGUUAAAUGUGGUAACUAUCUUAGUGGUUCUGUGUCCCACUGUUAUUUUUCAAAUCGUUUUAGUACAGUUUGACAACUUGCUUUCAUUGGCUGCAUCUUCUAUUCACUUGCAGGAAAAAAUGGGUGUUCAACUAAGCACAACAGAUAUAGGCAGUGAGUGUGGGCCUGCAUGGCCCUACUUGGCUCAGCAGCCGCCAGACCGUACUAAAACAAUUUGACACCUUACACUGGAAUGGCUCCAAGGUUCUACUGGCAACACAUCCACUACUGUGGUCUGUUGUGGUGUCUGGCGUGUUUAAUAGAUGGAAAUUUGACAAAUGAUUCACACUUCGACUGGGUCCUUAACACUAGUAUUAAAAAUGUUAUUUGUAAAAUUAAAGGGACACUCCAGACCUCUAAAAGCACUUUAGCUUGCUGAAAAAUCUUCGUGUAAAGUUUUGAAAAAAAUGUUUUUUCUUUUUUUGUUUCUUUUCAAAAAGUGUGGGUUUAAAUAGAAGUUGACACUUAAAAAAAAAAAAAAGUGCAUGCUAUUUUAUAUAUAUCUACAAUGAAAAAUACAUCAUUAAAAGCAUGCAAGUUUUCAUUUUGGGCAUAUCUACUAAACAGUGUUUUUUUUUUUUGUUUUUUUUUUUUUAUAGAGACCAUGUCUCCUGGAAUGCCCCAAUACAGAUUGUAAACUACAUUUGUUUGUUACCUGCAAGAGCUUUGUGUGUAAUAAAAAAAUUCUUUAGGCAUCUCAAUGAUUUUGUCUGGGAGCCAUGUACCCCCCUUUUCCAGGGUUCUGCAGGAACGGCAAUGCUUUUUUUUUUGUAGGGUUAAGCUGCGUUUCGUGGCGAUCAUACUGGGCAGGGAUGGCUUGGACAAGAGGUUGCUCAUGGAAGCGCCUCCAUCUCUGCCUCAAGGGAGAUAUCACUUCUCGAGCUUGAAGAGUAUUCCAAUGACAGCGGUGUGAGAGGCGUUGGUGCCAAUAUCGGCUGUGAAAGGUAGUUUGUCAGCCCUGUUUUUUGGGAGCUUUUUGUGGUGUCCCAUAGUCUUUGGGUUUUUGAGUCUCUUUCACUGGGCCAGUUAUUGUGCUGUAUUAGAUUAUUAUUUAAUUUUUUUUUAAUAGUUUAUUUUUGGUCUGACGAAGAGGUCGACAUAGAGAUAUGUAGGCAUAUGUAUGUAAGUGACAGCGCAGUGUCAUACAGUUUUUUUUACAAAUGAAAGUUGCAGUGGUUAGGUUAAACACGUUACCGGCAUUGUACCCCCCUGUGGACGUCUUCGUCCAAUAUUUGUAUUAGAUUAUUUUUAUGUUCGAUAUGUCGAGUCAGUCCGGAGCUAAGGAAAUGUAUGUACGUCCAUGAAGGCUGCUGGCUCCGGCCCCUGAGUGUUUUGUGUUUUAUAGAAGAUUCCAUUUCACUUAUAUAAACAAAGAAAUCUUCUUGCUUCCUGUGGAGUGUAUAGCCAGCUUGUAUCUUUACAUGCAUGCUGUUUCACAUUUACUGCUACCUGGCAGCUCAUCAGUAUGAUGGCAGGAGUGGACAGCCUAACAUUCAGAGAAGUGUGGUCGGGGCGUGUCCAACUUCCGGCAAGAUCGGUCGCAUGGAGUAGGAGCUCCGCACCACCCGGACCAGCUUAAAUACUAUUAAAGAGGAAAUUUCGCUGGAUUACCUUGACCCAGCGGGGGGCAAAGGCUACACGGCUUCUAAUGUCUCCCUCGAAGCAGACAAAACUUACGGACGCGGUCCGCCACCAUAAGAGAGAAAGGCUGAAACAGGCCCAAGAUGGCGCCGCCAGCAGAGCUCAGUCUCCGGACCCUGACCCCUGCACCGAGUCGCCCACGCACUCACUAUCAGACGACUCACAAUUCUCAAAAGAAUAUCUGAGACAAGUGCUCGCGGACCUCAGGUCCACUAUUAAAGAGGACUUCACCACCUCCUUGGCGGGCAUCCAUCAAGAGCUAGAGGAGCUGGGUGACCGGACCGAUCAGGUCGAACGUAAAACUGAUGAUCUCUCCUCUGCCCACAAUCUGAUGGCGGACAGACUACAGAAACUAGAGGAAGAUAAUACCAAAUUAUGGCACAAAAUGGCGGACAUGGAGGACCGCUCCCGCAGGAACAACGUGCGGUUCCGGGGAGUAGCAGAGUCCAUCACAACAGAACAGAUCUCGGCCUACAUUACCUCAUUAAGUACCACGCUGGUCCCUGACCUCUCCGGUGUUACAUGGGAACUGGAUAGAGCCCACCGGGUUCCAAAACCGCCCAGAUUUGGCGCGGACGUCCCGCGUGACAUUAUCGUGCGCUACCAUCACUUUAAAGCCAAGGAGGCUCUUCUCAAGGCCGCUAGAGCCCAAUCCCCAUUGCCCGACCCAUAUAAUGCUGUCUCUAUCUUUGCGGACCUAUCGGCCCUCACUAUGGCAAGACGCAGAGAAUUCUCCUCCAUUACAAAAACCCUACGCAACCACAACCAGGCUUAUCGCUGGGGAUUUCCUACGAGACUGCUGGUCUGGCGGCAGAAUAAGCUCCACAUUAUAGAUGACCCCUCGAAAGGGCUAACCACGCUGAAACACUGGGGACUUUGGGGCCAGCAAGAAACCACCCACCUACAACCAGCCGCCUCGACCACCCCGAAGAGGUCCCAGCCAGACUGGCAGAUGGUUGGCGCUCGACGCUAACGGCCACCCCAUCUAGGACAGCAUCUCCCUGCCUCUACUCUUUGAUGUAUACUACAGCCGCGCAAGAAGACACCAUGCUGCUUGUUGAUGCCCUCGCCCGACACGGACGUUAACCACCUACCCCUGAACUGUCUCCAGCUGGCUUAUGCCAUACGCAUGGACUCUGCGACAAUACACCUAUAAGGGCCAUAGACCCCAGUUGCUACGAGUGGUAUCGUAUGAUUAUACACGGAGGCAAAAUGUUUAAUGAGGGUGUAGGGUGGGAGGGCAUGAAAAGUUCACAAGUUGAAGGGAUUUAAAAAAAAAAAAAAAAAAAAUGUUUAUAGUGUCCACUAAGUAUUGCUUAUAUUCAGGAGGGGAGGUCAUGCUUGUUUCACUGCUUCAUCUGAGAAAUGUUUAGCAAGGGAAUAACCCCCCCCCUGGUAAAUUGCUCUGUUACAAUGUUCGUUCUUCCCUACGGAUGAGUUUAGGCUACCAUGUGUAUCGCUUCAUCCCUCCUGUACUCUAGCUGGCCCCAAGGCUAGGUCUCCCAAGGCCCCCCCCUCCCCUCGGAGCGCUAAGCACACACAUGGUUAAAUGGUCGCAUCCUGAGUUUUAUGAUUACGACCUUAGAUACACUUUCGACCAUGCUCAGUUUAACGGAGGGAAAUAUAUUAAAAAAAAAAAAAAAAAACCCAUCCACCAGUUAGCCACAAUACUCCCGGUUAAGCUACCAUAAAUCCGUUGCCCUUCUCCCCUAUACUGCCUCAGAGAUUUAGAGAGAGCACAGGUGAGAAUGCUGUCCAGAUUUCAGCCCCUCUCACGCAUGUUCUCCUCUCCAUUCCUGCCUACUUUGAGAAUCUGGUCCGGGUGCGGUCCUGUUCCGCACGACCCCCCAAGGGUAUCCGAGGUGCUUGGAGCUUUAGGCUCCCCUCUGGAUCCCAGUAUUUUCUCUCAUCUCAGAGAGAUAUUGUAUAUACCUUUGUUUGUUGAUUUUAUCUUUCCUGUUAUUUCCCUUCCCAUCCCCUUGGCAGCUACGUUGACCCAUACCUGUGCAGGACGUAAUCAGUCAUCUGAUCUUCCCCUACUCUACACUACCACAAGCCCCAUGUGUGUCACUGGCAGACAAUAUGCUGUGACUAACAAGCUCUAUUAUAUAUCCCUUUAAGAUGAUGUACCAAUUUAAAUGUCUCUCUAUGAAUGUUAACGGCCUAAAUAGCCCAUUUAAAAGGAGCUCUGUGAUUAAGACCAUUCAUACUUCCCAGGCCGCCAUAGUUUGCCUCCAGGAAACGCACAUGUGCAAAAGAAACCCCCCCAAGUUGAGCUCAUCCAGAUAUCAGCAGGUAUUUCAUGCCCUUGCCCCAAACAAAACGAGAGGAGUGGCAAUUCUGUUCCAUAUUGACUGGGUCUUCCAUCUUGAUAACACCUAUGUAGACGAGCUGGGCAGGCUCCUUAUAGUGGUAGGCUCUUUGAAUGGAAUGCAACUUACGAUCGCUUCCAUAUAUGCACCCAACAACUCCCAAAUUUCCUUCAUUAGAAGAGCAUUAAAUAAAAUCUCUACUAUCCGUGUGGGGCAUACUAUUAUCUGUGGCGAUCUCAAUUGCACGCUAGACCCCGACUUAGACAUUAAGCGAAUAGCAAACAAACAACCUCUCCAACUUGCUAACACAAUGAGUGCAACCCUUAGCACGCUGCUCCACAGGCACGACCUUUACGAUUCGUGGCGUACCCUUUAUCCGAAAGAACGAAACUACACAUAUUUCUCACGAGUCCAUCACACAUACUCUCGUAUAGAUAUGUGCUGGGUAGAUAAAAAUACGGUACCCAAUAUAAUAGAAGUGCAAAUAGGUGACCGGACAUGGUCCGACCACGCGCCGGUAACCACUACUUUUAGGGCCUUGUUCCCGUCACGGGGGCGCAGUGCCUGGCGCUUAAACGAAUCCCUCCUAGACAACGAGACUACGGCUGCAAAAAUUCGGGAUAACAUAUUAUCUUUUUUGGAGACUCACCUUGCCGACAACACUCGCAUAGACACUAAAUGGCUGGCCCUAAAAGCCGUGAUAAGAGGCCUAUUGAUUCAGGCAGGCGCAAUAAACAAAAAGAAAACCCACACUGAGUCAGAUAACCUACUUUCUCAACUUAAAUCCUUAGAACAAAUUAACAAACUCAAACCAACUAAAAAUCUAUCCCGCACUAUCGAAAAAUUAAGGGACAAAAUACUUGAUCUAUCCCUGAUAAGUGUGGAACGACAGCUCCGCAAAUUAAAGCUCACCUAUUACAUGCAAGGGAACAAGGCAGGCAAACUACUCGCAAAACGACUAACAUUCAGAGAAGUGUAAUUAUUUCACUGCACUUAAUGCUUGCACAGGCAACUUUACAAUCCUCACAAAUCUUUUAAAUUGUUUUUUUAUAUAUUUAAUACUAAGAGACAUAACUACUCUAUACGCAAGAUAUGUAGGUCUUCCAACCGUCACUGUAAUCCUUUUAAAUCUUUGAUCCGUAUUUUCAAGCUUAGGCUAUAGAGAAUAGUUUUUCUGCCUCAUAAGAGGUGGCUUUUGUGAUAUUGUACACUAUUAUUUAUUGAGAAACUGGUCCCUUUUAUUCGUUUACUAUAGCAAAUUAUUGCUAUUUUACAUAUGGGGCAGACAAAAUCCUACAUAUGUGUUGAAAAAAAUUAACAAAAAUCUGUCAUUUUAUUAUCCUCACGGUUGAUUCCAGUUCGUUUUUCUAAAGAAUUUGCUUGUAUUGUUUCCAAUAAUGCUAUAUCUGAUCCUAUUAGAGGAGCAUAAAUGUGGAUGUUUGUAAAAAAGCAAAUAUGAGGCAAUUUUAUCCAAGGAGAAAUCUGUACUCAAAUUUAUCUGCAGUCUGUAUAUUGACGGAGUUGUUCACUAAAGUUUCAAUAGGGCAAAGCAUUCAGAUGGCAAAACAUGGACAUUGUUCAUGCAUUUCAGCAAUGUCUGGACUUUGUAGUCAGAGCAAAUCGAACAUUGGAAGCUUCAAAUCCAGCCUGAUUAUUUAAAAAAACAAACACACAAAAAAACUGCCCACUGGCAAAAUGGCAAGCAAAUAGUUAAACCCUUGCCAGCUGCCACAUAUUAAAUUUAAAUUUUUUUUACAUAAAAUGCUAAAAAAAUGCAAACACCUCCAAAUGUCAUAACCUGCCAUAUGUCACCCUCCAUUGCUGCCCAAUACCAUAGGGGACACAUGGAUCUGUGUGUCAUGAUUGCAUAUGUGUCGGUGUCUAAAUGAAUUUGUGUGUCAGUGUAUUUAUAUGUGCAUGUAUAUCUGUGUAAGUAUGUAUGUAUGUCUGUAUGUGAUAGUGUGUGCAUACAUCCAAGCAGUCAAACACAUGCACAACAUACAAACACACCCCUGCAUUCAUCACGUCAUCCGGCGAGGGAGACUGAUCACGACCGCUGGCUGGGGAGACCUAAUGCGCAUGCGCGCACGUGCAUUAGACCUCUCCAUAGGAAAGCAUUGAAAAUGCUUUUCAAUGCUUUCCUAUGGGGAUUUUAGCGACGCUGGAGGUCCUCACACAGUGUGAGGACGUCCAGCAACGCUAUAGCACAGAUAAUCAGUGCUGUGAUCCCAGGAAGUGCCCUCUAGUAGACAGCCACUAGAGGAGGAGUUAACCCUGCAAGGUAAUUGUUGCAAAAAAACUGCAAUAAUUACACUUGCAGGGUUAAGGGUAGUGGGAGUUGGCACCCAGACCACUCCAAUGGGCAGAAGUGGUCUGGGUGCCUGGAGUGUCCCUUUAACCAUUUUAAUUUUUCAUUUUCUCACAGCCAGCGGAGGUGUGGUCCCUUGUUUUUAGUGCAUUGUAUUGACAAUGCAUAAAAAAAAAAAAAUCAAACGAGCAUUAUAUAUAAAUGUUUGUUCCUUGAGGACAUAUCCACGAUUCCUGCUCUGAACACGGUCUAUACUAGGAAAUGCCUGACAACCACACCGCUAUUUUCAGUGAUAGUACUGAUUUAUAUUACUAAAAUCCUAUUCAGAGGUUUAUGGGCUAUGCAGUUCAAUGCUCAGUAGCACAUUCAAAAUGUGACUGAAACUCUUACCUAAGCUCAGAUUACAACUCCUUGCCAUAGAUAAAUGAGAGUCAAUAAUAAAUAAAACAAAUGCAUAUAAUUAUUGAUCACUUUAACACCAUCUUUGGAACAUGAUAUCAGAUGAUUACUCCAGAUUUUCAAUGUUUUGCAUAAAUAUGCUUUGAAGUGGCCAUGGUGCAAAGACCCUGUAUGUAUUGCAGCUAGUGACAAGCUCUAUCAGCUUUCCUUAGCCAGCCUGGAACAAAUUUUGCGCUUGCUAAUGUUCUGUGCAGAAUUGCUCAUUCAGUGACGCUUAUCUGAUUCUGUCAGCUAGUGAAUGAAUGACAGUAUUGGUGUUCAGUUUCUGUAGCUGUGUUGUCAUUCAGCUGCCCUUCAUUAUGGCUCAAUGCCCUGCAGAACCUUGGUUGGGUAAGUGGCAAACCCUAAAAUGGUUUGCCUCCUUGCUGUGAAGCAGCGCUAGGGCAUUCCUGCCAUCAUUACUACUACAGCAAGCUAUUGCUCUUGUAGAAACUAUUAAAUUCCUAUACUUCACAACCAAAACUUAUGUCAAGCUUAUUGAUAAGCAGAUAGAUUUCCUUCAAAUUGAAUUUACACAUUUGGGGCCAAGUAUCUCCAAAAAUCCAAUUAACAUUAUAAAAACAAAUAAUGCUUUAUCAAGAACUUCUAUUCUCAUUUCUUCUCUACCCAGCAAACAUUUUUUUCUCUCUUUAACCUCCACCCAUCGAGUUUGGCUGUUUUUCUGAAGCAGCUUAUUAAAUAAUUAAACAUGGGAAGUGGUGUAGAGCGAUUCUAAUAAUUUAUUUAUGUUUACUUUUUAAAGUAGUUGUAGGCAGUCUUUGACUUUAUGUCUCUAUAUGAGACUCUUGGUAACACCCAAAUAAGGUGGCUGAAUCCUGUUAUUCCGCAUUGAACUUUAGAAAUACCUGUCUCAUUCAGGGUAGCUGUAUAUAAUCUUAUAUAGUGGGCAGGAAACCUGAAUGCAGGAAUGAUUUAAAAAAAAAAAAAAAAAAAAAAUUAGUUAGUCCUAACACCAUAGAAUCCUUUUAACCCCUUAAGGACACAUGACAUGUCAUGAUUCCCUUUUAUUCCAGAAGUUUGGUCCUUAAGGGGUUAAUUUAGAGCAUCUUGGCAAAGAAACUGUUCCUGCACCUUCAGCAGGGUAACAUUGGCUGUUCAUGGUAGUCUGUACAUGCCAUGUAUAUAAUUUAUGGUGUAAAAGGUCAGGAACCUUUUUCCUGCCUUAACAUUUAUGCUUAAAGUGAUGAGCAAUGUUUUAAAUUAUUUAAGUCAUUUGUUCAUUUUAACAUAUAAAUAGUAUGUUACUUACACUAUACACUUGCCAGUGUAACUAUUCAGCUACUUUUAUUUUUUUUUUUUUUUUGUGCAAAUAAGAAAAUAAUGUGGUGAUCACUAAAUGAAAGAACAUAAUUGCAUGUGUUGCAAUCACCACCCUAGCUUAAAGGAACACUGUAUUGUUAGGAAUACAAAAGCUGUAUUAGACCUUAACUAUUAGGCCUCAUAUUAAAGCAUUGAAUCAAAGCUUUCCUAUAGGGAUUUGCAAGACACUAGACGUCCUCAUGCAGCACUAAACUCUGUGAAACUGCAGGAAUCGCCUCUAGUGACUUUCUGGUAGACAGCCACCAGAGGCAGUCUUAAACCUGCUAUGUAAACAUUGCAAAAUCUGCAGGAUUAAGAGUACAAGGGCACUGCACCCAGACCUCUUCAAUGAAGUCCUUUUUAAAAAUAUUUUUUUAAGUGCCCUCACCACGUUUUGUUUAUGUCAUCUUAGAUUGUUGGGCAUUAAGGUGCAAGCAUGGUAUUGCAUACCUCCCAACAUCAGAGGUAACAGAAUGGGGAUGCCGGUGGGAGGGGAGUAAAGGGGCAGACCAGUGAUGCAAACGCUAUUAGCACUACCCAAAAGGAGGAAGACCCACCCAUGAGGAUGCCUGUUCUGCGAUAAUGUGGGCAGAUACACCUUGAAAGAUGGCGUGUCUGCCCACAUUACUGGCAGGUCAGUAUGGUGUGAAUACACGCCAGGCUGCUUACCAAUCAUAUCUGCCCACUAAGGGUAGACCCUGCAGGGAACACGGUUUCAGAUGCACUCAUGCCAUAAUUUGGGGGGAUUGUCUCCUGGUGUCCCUAAAAGCAGGGACUAAGGCGGAAUAGGACCUGUAAAGUGGGAGUGUCAAGGAAAUCGGGCAGUUGAAAGGCAUGGUAUUGAAAUGGAGGAACAUUUUAUGCCGUGGAAGCUAUUAUGCUGCAUUGUCUAGUUCUCACAAGUAAAAGACAAGGCUUCUGUGACAGAGUUGGUGUUAAACACAUAACCCAUGAGAAUGUCUGUCUGUUCUGCGGUAAUUUUAUUAGCAGGACAUCCUUCUGCAUCUACUCCGUUUACUAGAAUUCAUCACUAACAACAUGAGGCAGAUUUGCGGAAACACACGGGAUGGUGUUAAACACACAAUCCCAGAUCUCAUUUGGCAAUCUGGCAGUAAGUUGGUAAGCAAUUAAAACUGGCAGGGUUACUUGUGGGGUGGCUGUGUGCCAUUACAGUGAAACAACAUAGUACUUCACUGUCAACAAGCAUGCUGAGUGCAAAUCGGCUUCCAUUCAUUUUUAUGAAGAGGACCCUCUCCUGUCUUUCUAUGGGAUUUGUUGGUUUUGAUCCGUAACUGCUUUUCUUGAUUUAAUAUUGUCUAUCCUCCCAAACCUUUUAACAAAGCUCUUCUAUUUCUAAUAUCACAUUCUGUCUUUAAAUUGUAUUUUGUUCACAACUCCCUUUAACAGUGAUAAAGAUGUAAACAAGGGUAGCAACUGAGCCCACUAUAUACCUGGCUACAAUAGUGAUCUGCUGUUCUAAUACUCCAAAUAAGGAUUUUUUUUUUUAGGGGAAGUAUAAAGGGGAUGUAAUAUGUAACUUAUACUGGUGGCCUGCUAGGGUUUUAUGUUAAUAUUACAGGAUUGUUGAGUUAAAGGGACACUAUAGUCACAUGAACAACUUUAGCUUAAUGAAGCAGUUUUGGUGAGUAUAAUCAUUGCCCUCUGGCACUUUCAUGCAAACACUGCCUUUUCAAAGAAAAUGCAGUGUUUACAUUGCCACUAGGGACUCCUCAGUUGGCCACUGGAGGUGCUUCCUGGCUCCAUGCUGCACAGUAGGCAGCCCUGCCAUUCAGUGUCUCCACUCUUUGCAUGGGGACGCUGAAUUUUCCUCAUAGAGAUGCAUUGAUUCAGUGCAUCUCUAUGAGGAGGUGCUGAUUGGCCAAAUGGCAUUUGGCCCCCACCCUUCCCAUGGGAAAGCAUUGGAUUGGCUAAAAAUUGGCAAUUCUGAUGUCACCAAGGGGGUGGAGUCAGUGCCGGCAGACCCGCACCCGCUGGAAAUAAGGUGUUUUUCAUGCUUUUAAUGGGGAUAAAGGAGGCACGCCACUUUAAUGGUGGGCUUAGCACUAUAGAGUCAGGAAUAUAUGUUUGUGUUUCUGACCCUAUAGUGUUCCUUUGCUCGCAGUUUACCCAUGAGUUACUUUGAUCUGUCCAAUUUGGUGGCUUGGUUAAUGCUCCAAAUUAUUCAUGUUCGCAGCCAUUUUAACCCCUUAAAGCAGCACUGUCAUGGCCACAUUUGUUGUGUUUUUUUGUUUGUUUUUUUAACCCCCCCCCCUCCUGACUCCACUACAUCUAAUUGCCCCCUCACCCCCCUAGUCACUCCCAAAUGUCCUCAUAUUACCUAUUUUUUGCAACUUUAUAUUCUACGUGGAUCUAGGUCCUGGGCGCUGCCAUCUUUGUGUGGGCAGAUAAGUCCCUGUGGGAAUUGACAUCUGCCCACUAGAUAACGAUAUAAAAUUCACGCGCAUGCCCAGUUAAACACUCCGCAUUCACUGUUGUCCAAAAUUCGGACAGGAAUUUCGUCAAUUAAUUCGUCAGAAAGACGAAUGAAUAAAAAUGUCAGACGAACAAACAUUGUUCGAAUGUCGUUUGUUCGUUUCGUUGCAGCUCCCUCCUUAUAACAUGUGAAAAUAGAAGCGGCAGGGAGCAGUGCUCCCCGCCACUUCCUAAGCCCCCAUGCCCACCCUCACUCUAUGGGGGUCAGUGUGGCCCCCAUAUUAACAUAAGAGAAAUUGGGAUCUCCUGAAUGCCCCUACUCACCACGCUGCGAGUAGGGGCAUGUUUGCUAAACAGUGACCAGUUGUAAAAAUAAUUUUUAAAAAGCUCCCCCUGGGGGAGGGGAGAACAAUAGGCCCCCUCCCCACCCGUUGUCAUUUAGGGCCCACACCCACCGAGGGGGGACCUUAUGUCCCUCGUUUACUUAAUUAGCCCACGGGUGGGGGACACUAAUGUCACCCCCGCUAGUUAAUGGAUGCACCACCAUUGGGCCAUUUAUUCCCACACUGUUUACUAGAAAUGCCCCUACUCGCGAUAUAGCGAGUAGGAGCAGAUUAAUUACUAAUACUAAGUAAUUUUUACUUGGUAUUAGUAAAGUUGGCUGAAAGACAAGUGUUGGUCUUUCAGCCUUUUGGUAUAUAGCUCUUUAAUACCAUGGGAAUUAGGUAGUUAUCUACUAAGCGGCUGCAAGAUGCAGCCCCAGCAUGAAUCGGAAUUUCAUUAAUUCGAAUGAAAUUCCGAACUGAACUAAAAGUACCGAAUGUCGUCCUAACAUGAAUGAACAAACUUCUCAUUCUGUUAGUGCGAAAUUCGGUAGUUUCGACUGUGUCCUGUCUAUAUGACAGGAAAGAUCACAGAGGAAUGGGUGAGUAUUGUGGGAAAAUUUCUCUGACACAUAGGAAGUGGGUCAAAGCUUGUUAAGCGUAGGAAAAAUACAUAUGACAAAGUAGUGCCUACUUUGUCUUAUGUUUUAAAGAAGACUAGAGCAGAUAGGAAAAAAAGAACAGAUCCUGAGAGAGGUAGAGAAAAGAGUUGGCGAUUGGGGAAAGGUAAGUUCGGCAUAACAGUGCUGCUUUAAAGGAUCACUAUAGUGUCAGGAAAACAAACUUGUUUUCCUGACACUAUAUCAUCAUUGGGACCCCCUUACUCUCAGGGAUCCCCUCCUCUGGCGCUGAAGGGGUUAAAACCACUUCAACCACUUUCCUUUAUCCAGCGCCAGGCUCCCUCGGCGCUGGUGACCUCUCCUCCUCCGCCGGCUCUGAAACUGCUAUGUUUACAUCUGAAGGGUUAAAACCUAAGGGACCUAGCACCCAGACCACUUCAUUGAGUUGAAGUGGUCUGUGUGACUAUAGUGUCCCUUUAACCCCUUAAGGACCAAACUUCUGGAAUAAAAUGGAAUCAUGACAUGUCACACAUGUCAUGUGUCCUUAAGGGGUUAAGGACAGAGGCAAUUGUCAAAGUUCUGAACCAAAAUAAAACCUAGAAAUUGAGCUAUUUGUUCAACCAUAAAGCACUUCUUUCAUAUUAAAGAUUGGCACCCAGACCACAUCAGCUCAAUGAAGUGGUCUGGGUGCCAGGUCCCCUUAUUGUUAACCCUGCAGCUGGAAACACAGCAGUUUCAGAGAAACUGCUAUGUUUACACUGCAGGGUUAAUCCAGGCUCUAGUGGCUGUCUCCCUGACAGCCACUAAAGGGCACUUCAGCGAUUUACACUGAGUAAAUCACACUUAAAGGGACACUAUAGUCACGGACCUCCAGAGUCAAAAAAGAUCCUCAUAGGAAAGCAUUGAGUAAUGCUUUCCUAUGGGUGGGAUUGAAUGCGCGCAUGCGUGCCUCUGGCCGCGCGUGCACAUUCGGCUCCACUCGGGAGCUGAUGUUGAUGGAGGAUGAGAGGUCAAUAGUGCCUAGGGAGCAAAUAAAUGGCAAAUUAACCAUUUAUUUGUCGUGGAACGGGGCCCUUAUAGUGUUGGGGAUACAUAUUUGUAUUCCUAAAGCUAUAGUGUUCCUUUAAGUGCACUUUAUUAUAUAUCAUUUUGAUCCAGACGAAUAGGGCUUUCAUUUCACAUCAAAUAUUUUUAUAAUAUUAUACAACAAUGCCACUCAUCUACAGGUUUCAUAGUGUUUUGGAAAGUUACAGGGUGAAAUAUAGGCUUACCCAUUUCAGUUUUUACAUAUUGAAAUUUGCCAGAUUGGUUUGUUGGGCCUAUGUUGCCUUUGAGAACGUAUGGAAGCCCAGAAAUAAAAAGUACCCCCAUCAUGGCACACCAGUAGACACUACGCUAAAAACCCUGGCCAAAGUUAGUAUUCAUAUCUAUUUUUGGGGGGGGAUCAUCGUCCUUAUACAUUUUUACUGUACUAAAACGCUCAUUUGUGUUCAGUGAUGUCCCCCUACCAGUUGCUCAGUGUAGCGUGGUCGAGUGGAGCAGAGCAGACCUCGGUAUAGGAGCUUCAGUUUCCUGUACCUGGCCAGACUGACAGGAAGUGCUCACUGAGGGAGCAUUUUGCUGUCAGUAUGGCCGGUACAGGAAACUAAAGCUUGUGUACCGCGGUGCGGUGCGCUCCGCUCCGCUCGGCCACGCUACAAGAGAGGUAAUGAGACACACCAGGGAGGGGAGAGGACCACUAAGGGGGAGAGAGAGGGGAGUGGUAAACUAAGGGCCUGGGAGGGGAGAGGGUACACUAAGGGCCUGGGAGGGGAGAGGGUACAUUAAGGUCCUGGGAGGGGAGAGGGUACACUAAAUACACUUGAUAGUAAUUUAGGAGACAUACCUAUUAAUAUUUCAAUGCAAUUAACAAAUGCAAGUAGGUAGUUAACAUAAACAGAAUCAAUUCCAAAUGAGAAUUGUAGCUUACUUUAUCAAAAAAUAGAACUAGGCAACCUCGUGAGUACAUUUAUAUUUAUUGACAUGCUUGGUUACAGUAAAGGCAGUGCUUACACUGCUGAGCCUACAGGGUCAAUCUCUUUGCUCCAGAACCUCUACAUUAAACUGUAGUGGCUCUGGUGCCUUAAGCUCCCUUUUAAAAAUUGGUCUUUGUGAAUACAGUGGGGGGUGGGAUAGGGAGGCUGUGUGUGUGUGUGUGUGUGUGUGUGUGUGUGAUGUAUAGGGCACUGUGUGGCGUGGGAUAGGGAUGUAGGGUGCGUGGGGUGAUAGUGAUGUAGUAUUGGAAGGACACAUAGUGUGGGUAGGGAUGGCAGAGUGAGGAAGGGGGUGACGGGUGGCAGCAUGAGGGAAGGAGGGGGUGACUGGUGACAGGAAGAGCUCUCUGGGCAGGUGGGAGGACCCGACUAGUUACUUUUCCCUUAAACUCCGCUGCAUAACAUAACUACUUGCCCGGCGCCUGGAACUGCAUGUCCCGGGCGUCUGGCCAUACAAAUUGCGCAUCCCUGUAUACUAUAACUAAACCCCCCCAUUCAUUUUUGCCUAGGUUAGGUUUUUCUUUAAAAAAAACAAAAACCUAAUCACCCAUGAGCUUUGAAUUUGCAAUUUAGUGAAUUUAUGAGUACGAUGAAUCUUGUGUGUUGUAUGAAUUGGCUCCAGCAGCACCCUUUUAAUUGAUGCAUGUUCAGAGGAGUGCAGCCUACUUGGAUAGAGGGCAGGGGGGUGGGGGGGGGGGUUAAUGGCAACCUAAUGGCAUUAAAGUCUUCCUUCCUUUGGUAGGACAGCCUAGCACGCCAUAACGUUGAGCAGGGGUUAAUAAGUCCAUCAGAAAUUAACUCUUCUGUGAAAAGAAUGGAGGCCUCAAAGUUUUAAAAUAGUGAGCAGCAGUAAAGGAAAGAAAAAUUGAGUAUAGCUCAGCUUAAGGCACAGGUAGAUGGAGUUUACCUCCCUAAAAGCCUGUCAAAAUACUGACAUUUUGGUUGGCAGUGGCUGAUGGAUGUUGAUGGUGCCAGGGAUCAAUGUGUAUGGAUAGAUGAGUCUGAAUGAAUGGCUUUGUAGAGGACAUGUAGAGGAGAACUGCACUUGGUUCAUGUAUAUUCUGAGUUUAGCUGUAUGUUACCUGUUCACCUUCUACUACAGCUCGCAACUAGAGGAUAUUGAAUUGAAAUUUGAGAGGAAAAGUUCAGUAAAUCCCUAUGGAGUCAGGGACGACAAUACUUGACUUUUGAAAGCGAAAUUUCACUUUUGCUCAUUGAAUAAUCUGAUUUAAAAAAUCACGUGAUUUCUGGUCAAACCAUGAUUUGUGCUACAGGAUGUAACUAAGGCUGCUAGAGAUAUGACACGACCUUAUAUCCAAGCCUGUCUACCAUAACCACUAGCUAAAACCUAACUUGUAACACCAGUUCCCGUGAGCACUAAACAGAACUUUCAAACACCUAGCUUAGGUUUAGGAGAAUAAAUACAAAUACAUUGGUGAAAUGGGUAAAUAUAAGUAAAAGAAUAAGUUAUUUUAAUUUUAUUUAUGUGGGAGCUUUAUUAAUGUGUUUUGGAAACGUAAAUCUAAUGGGGCUGGAUCCAAAUUGGUGUGAUGCAAAAAUGUCUGUUUCUUCAAAUAUUCAUAAAUCAAUAACCAUGCAUAUCAAAUAAAGUGAAUGCCCAGACACCUGUGCUGAAUAAAUUAACUAACUACAAAAUUCAUAAAGAAGUGUCUCAUUGGUAAUUGAUUUUUGGAUAUUCACUAUCCGUUUCGGCUUUCCGUGUGGCGUACCCAUUCUUUGUUUUAUUGAUUUUGUAUGUAUUAAAUAAUGUACAGGUUUUUUGAUUGACAUUUCUAAGGUACUGAUUCUAUAAAUGCAUCUAUAGUUUAAAGGAACAUUUUAAGCACCCAAACUAUUACAUCUGGGGGCCAUGUGCAUCCAUUUUUUGCCUUCUUUUGAAUCAACAGCAAAAACAUAUGUGAGGAAGGCUGAGCUUGAUGGAAGCAAGUAUCUUUUCAGCUAUGUAACUAUGUAAUUCAUUCAGUCUCAGAGCGCAUCUGAUUGGUGGAACAUUUUUGUUGUUAAUGUGCAGGCAUUGGAUUGGCUGAGAUCAUUUACACUGAUAAACUUUGGCACAGUGGCGUUGCCUCCCUGAGGAGUCUGCGCAUGUGCAGUAGAAUGUAAUUUCACAAACGGCAGAGUAGCGGUUAUCCAUUUUGCCUUCUUUUUAUUUGAAGUCUAUUUAUAUUUGCGAUGAUAGGUCUAACGUUUAGGUGAUGCUAGACAGUUGGACAUAUUGUUUCCUAGACUGUAACCAUUUUCUCUCUCUUGUUCUCUUUGUAUAGCUUUAUGAAUUGGACGGGGACCCCAAAAGGAAGGAAUUUUUGGAUGACUUAUUCAGUUUUAUGCAAAAGCG